AUGGACCCCCAAGGUAUCAGCUGCUGAGGAAACCAUCUUAGUCCAGGAAAGAGAUCGUAACUGUCCAGAGUGCAGGAAGAUGGGUGUAUCCAAAGGUGAACACUAGUAUGGAAAAAGAGAGGUUUGGAUGCAGGAAAUGUUAGCGACCAUAAAGCAGAGAGGAGCAUGUAACCAGCAGAGGCAACCAAGGCAGGGCAAGAGGAAAUCUGGCAAUACGUUGGGGAGAAGGAGCGGGGCAGCAGCCUGCGAAGGAGAUCGUGGCUGGGUUGCCAAACCUUCAGCUGCACCAUACCUUUAAAGCACUUUCCCACCCCUCCCAAAGAAUCCUGGGAACUAUAGUUGACCCUUCACGGAGCUACGGUUCCCAGGAUCCUUUGGAGGGGGGUGGGAAUGUGCUUUAGGCGCAUGGUGUGUACACAGCCUUCAUCAACCUGGUGCCCUCCAGACUUUGUACUACGACUCCUAUCGUCCCCUGACCGUUGGCUAAGCUGGCUGAGGCAAGUUGUAUUCCAAAAUGUCAUGAGGGCACCAGGUUGGCAAAGUCCGGCCUACCCUAUCACACUGGGAAACAACGGGAGACAGACCAACACCACCUGCGUCCUCACAGAGCUGUGGUGAAAAUAAAACUGGGAGACGUGAGAGAGAACUGGGUACAUCCUUGGAGGAAUAUAAAUAUCUUUUGGGUUAACAAAACUUGGGCCGCCGUUGUUGCAUACAAAAAUAGGUUUUUCUGGGACCUGGAAGCCUUUGUCUGAACGAUUCCUAGCAAAAAUGCCUCUGAUCUUUUGGGAAAAGUUGUUUUAAACAUUUUUUUUCUCAUUAUAAAUCAUUUCCUUUAACCUUUUUACCCGCCCACCACAUAUGGGAAAAAAAAGUCCCCUACAUUUCGAACAUAAAUCCGAUUCUAUUUUAUAUUUCUUAGCCAGUCUGCUCAGGGUUAAAUACCAGCUAUGAAUCAUUUUCAUGUAAUUUUCUUCCAGUGUGUAGCAUGCAGUAAAUUUCAAAUCACUCUUCCAAAGGUUUAGAUCUAUAUUAUGCCCUAUGUCCAUUGCCCAGUGUAUCAUUGAAGCUUUUACCAGCUCGUCCUGUGUUUACAAUUUAUACAUUUUAGACAAUAUAGUUUAUCCUUAUUCUGUAAUAAAUCUCUUUCAGAUUUGGUCCAGAAACCCAUUUUUCUUAUCUAGUUUAAACAUAUCAUGUAAUUGAUGAUACUGUAACAGGUUCGUGAAUUGGCUCCUUAAAUCUUCCACCGAUCUCAAUCUGGAUUCACUCCCUCAAAGAAGUCAAGGAGUAUUUUUAACAGUUGUUCACACUUUCUUUUUCCUUGGCACUAGACAAGAUGGUCACAAUCAAAUCUCUGGUAUUUAAUUUUUCAAGAGCAAAUGCAAUUGAGGUGGGAACCUAAAUCUGGUCCUAGCAACUGGGGGUGGGGGUUGGCUUAAACCUUGCCAACAUGCCAUUUUUCUGAUCUGAAUUCUCCCCCUCCCCACUAUGUUCCAAGUCGGAUACUUAGGUUGCUGUGCAGAGGGGAAGUCUUCCCCCGGUCCCCAUUGCAUCAUUUGUUUCCCUACUCAGAACUCCAGCGCACUGAAGCUGUCACUUGUGCAUGUGCUGUCAUCUGUGCAUGCGCAAGGGCUGCCCAAACUGCGCACACCUCUGCUCAUCCACAGCUUCCGUUUUCUAAUCGGAAGGAAGCGGGUUGUGAGGGAGCCAGUGUGGUGUAGUGGUUAAGAGCGGUGGACUCGUAAUCUGGGGAACCAGGUUCGCUUCCCCGCUCCUCCACAUGCAGCUGCUGGGUGACCUUGGGCCAGUCACACUUCUCUGAAGUCUCUCAGCCCCACUCACCUCACAGAGUGUUUGUUGUGGGGGAGGAAGGGAAAGGAGAAUGUUGGCCACUUUGAGACUCCUUCGGGUAGUGAUAAAGCGGGGUAUCAAAUCCAAACUCUUCUUCAUCUCUGCUGCAUCACCCAUGACAACCUCUGCAUAAAAACCUACAAGGAAGGAGCACCCACAACUUCCCGAGGAAGUCCGUGCCACCAUUAUGUGCACACAACCUUAUUCUGCUGAGAAAACAGCAGCCAAUGCAAACAAUUCCGUUUUGGGGUUUUUUUAAGUGUGGCUGGAUUAAACCUCCCCUCCUCAGCACUGCAACUCCAAUGUGAAUUGCGGGUCCUGCAUCUCCAUUUGCUCAUAUACAGUGGUACCUCGGGUUAAGAACUUAAUUCGUUCCGGAGGUCCGUUCUUAACCUGAAACUGUUCUCAACCUGAAGCACCACUUUAGCUAAUGGGGCCUCCCGCUGCCGCCAUGCGAUUUCUGUUCUCAUCCUGAGGUAAAGUUCUUAACCCGAGGUACUAUUUCUGGGUUAGCGGAGUCUGUAACCUGAAGCGUCUGUAACCUGAAGUGUCUGUAACCCGAGGUACCAUAUAUGACAUCCAUAUAUGCCCACUUCCUUAUGCCCACUGCGUAAGGAAGUGGGCAAUGGCCAGUUUCCAAGCUUUAGAAGAAGAAGCAAACUCAGCAGCUGUUUUCCUGUUGCCUACUGAAACCCAGAAUUCUGGCCUGUCCCUUCACUGUAACUCGUAACACAUUCACGCCAUACUUCUAAGGCUUCCCCGCAAAGAAUUCUGGGAGCUGUAGUUCAUUAAGGGUCCUGGAGUCUGUAGCUCCAUGAGGGCUAAACUAUCAUUCCCAGGAUUCCUUGUGGGGAGAGGUAUAACUGCUUAAAGAAGUAUCAAAAUAUGCUUUAAAUGUCUGUAGCAGGUGUGACUAAAGAAAAAACUGUGGGAGGGAAGUUCCAUUUUGAAAUAUACUCAGAGUCGAGAGUGGAUUUCAUGCUCUUUAUUCAGCUCAUAGUGGUGAGGAGGAAUGAAUGUUUCCCCAAAGUAUCUGCUUUAUAUACAUUGUUUACACAAUGGGCCGCACGUGAUUGGCUAAUUCCAGAAUUCUCCUGUAGGCCAAUCAAGUUGUGGAUUCCCUUCCAUCUGGAGCUGGAUUGGGUGGCUCCUGCAGACCAAUCAUACUGCUGCAUUGUUCUAGGACCAAUCAGACUGCUGCAUUCUGAAUCCUAUUGUUCUGGGACCAAUCAGACUGCUGCAUUUUGGAUCCAAUUGUUCUAGGACCAAUCAGACUGCUGCAUUUUGGAUCCUAUUCAACUCAGUACAUAACACAUUUAGUGUAAUCUCCCCUUUCUCUCUCUCCCAUCCCGAAGCAUUUUCUUCAGCAUGGCCAACGGUUGGGGGUGACGGGAUUUGGAGUCCUCACGUGGGCUACCCCUACCUUAAAGUGUACCCUAAACCGGUGCUCCCAUCCCCCAACUUUGUAAAUGCCCCCCCUUUCCCCACCACAGUUGUGAUGCCUCAAUUUGGUAGCUGCUGCGGUUCACCUAUCCCAUUUCCCUUUUGCAACUGGGGGAAGGCAGGGAACAAAAAAACCGAGUCAGGAAAUUUGGGCUAAGUUCCUCUUUGGUUAGCCAAACGACACUGCGAACCAAAAGCAAAGCAGUCUACAGAAAUUGAAACACAUAACCGCCAGCACACAUACAAGUCAGGAAAUUGUGUCGGAAAGAGGAAAUGGCAGAAACUGGAAGACUCCAGAGACGUUGAACGGCCAUAGCGAAAUAAGGCCAGCGCCAUCAAUGUUCUCUUCUAAAUGUCCACUGGAAACUUUUCUGUUUCAGAGGAUCUAUCCAGAUGCCUGAUUUUGUUGCAUCUGCUCUUAAAUUUGCUUCAGAUGCUUUAUUGCUUUUAGAUCUACUUAACAGUUUUCACAGGACGCGGGUGGCGCUGUGGGCUAAACUACGGAGCCCAGGGCUUGAUGAUCAGAAGGUCGGCGGUUCAAAUCCCCGCGACGGGGUGAGCUCCCGUUGCUCGGUCCCUGCUCCUGCCAACCUAGCAGUUCGAAAGCACGCCAGUGCAAGUAGAUAAAUAGGUACCGCUCCGGUGGGAAGGCAAACAGCGUUUUCGUGCACUGCUCUGGUUCGCGAGGAGUUGUACGCCGGCUCCCUCGGCCAAUAACGUGAGAUGAGCGCCACAACCCCAGAGUCGGUCACGACUGGACCUAAUGGUCAGGGGUCCCUUUACCUUUACCUAACAGUUUUCACACGUUUUAAAUAUUGGGGCAUGCACCCCAAUCUCCAAGCCGUGAGAGACUCCAGGGGUGGCUGAGCUUACCCUGUGUUCAGUUACCUUGGAAUGAAGGUCAAUGGAGAGCGCAGUGUCUUCUGGGUUUAUGGUUUCAUUUACAACCUCAGCAUAGGAUGGAAAGGCUCAUGGCAAGACAGUUCCUGCUUCCCCAUUAGGUUCCCAGAGAGACCCACCACCACCAAGCCUUUGGGUCCAGCACAGAGCAAGACAAGCUUCUCUGUCUCCAGCUUCCAGCAUCAGCCAAUAGUCACACACACAGUGUCUCUUCCAGUCUAUUGUCCUCCAUCCUAGGAUAAUGUAGCAUCCGGUCAAGGGGAGACAGGAAAAGACAUUUGUCUCUAUGGCAACAGAGCAUCAUCUUUAGACAUGGAAAUGGCAGUGAGGCCAUUGUCUUACAGAGACUGGUUCAGCAGCUUCUUCUAGUAAUAAUAAUAAAAAUACUAAAAGUAGUAGUAAUAAUAAUAGUAAUAAUAAUAAUGAUUCCAAACCUCACUAGAUACAGAAUCACAGGCCUGGAAGGGACCCACAGAUACGCUCCACACUGCCACCCCCAACCAACCCCAAUACAGUAGUACCUCGGGUUACAUACGCUUCAGGUUACAUACGCUUCAGGUUACAGACUCCGCUAACCCAGAAAUAGUACCUCGGGUUAAGAACUUUGCUUCAGGAUGAGAACAGAAAUUGUGCUCCGGCAGUGCGGCAGCAGCAGGAGGCCCCAUUAGCUAAAGUGGUACCUCAGGUUAAGAACAGUUUCAGGUUAACAACAGACCUGCAGAAUGAAUUGCCGUAUUUUUCGCUCAAUAAGAUGCACCAGACCACAAGACGCACCUAGUUUUUGGAGGAGGAAAACAAGAAAAAAAAAUAUUCUGAAUCUCAGAAGCCAGAACAGCAAGAGGGAUCGCUGCGCAGUGAAAGCAGCAAUCCCUCUUGCUGUUCUGGCUUCUGGGAUAGCUGUGCAGCUUGCAUUCGCUCCAUAAGACGCACACACAUUUCCCUUUACUUUUUAGGAGGGAAAAAGUGAGUCUUAUAGAGCAAACAAUACGGUAAGUACUUAACCUGAGGUACCACUGUAUGUUUGUAUAGUUAAUUAUAUUUUAUUUCUUACCACAGAAUUGUUCGCCUCCCUGGACCCCUUUGGGAGGAAGGGUGGGAUGGACGUUUGAUAAAAAAAAAUAUUAGGGCAAAGUCAGGGAGAUCAUAGAAUCUUAAGAGUUGGAAGGGACCCAGGGGUCAUCUAGACCAACCCCCUACGAUGCAGGAAUCUCAGCUAAAGCAUCCAUGACAGAUGGGCCUCCAACCUCUGCUUAAAUACCUCCAAGGAAGGAGAGUCCACCACCUCCCAUGGGAGUCUAUUCCACAGCCGAACAACUCUUACUCCACUCAUCCUAGGGUUGGCAUAUUUCAAAAAAUAAAAUCCCUGACACUGGCAGAAUUGCUGAGGUUUUUUUAGAAGGACCCCAAAAUGGUUUGAGCUUUCUUAAUAAUAAUAAUAAUAUUAUAAUAAUUUAUUAUUUAUACCCCACCCAUCUGGCUGGGUUUCCUCAGCCACUUUGGGCGGCUUCCAACAGAAUAUUAAAGUUGUUUUGUAUGGAACAGUAGCGACGUCUUCAGGCGCAAGGAGAGCCCGGGCGAUUUCAAACGUCUCCUCUCCGCAGACGCUGAAGAAUAUCGCCCUCUUCUUGGCGUCUUCUUCGUCGGUGACCCCUUUGGCUUCUAGGAGGAAGGUGAAACGGGAGGCGUACGCUUCCCAGUCUCCAGAUGCUGGGUUGAAUGGCGAGAAGCUGCUGUUGGCUGCCAUUCUGAGUUCCUUGUGUCCCGGAGCUGAAGCCUGGAUACACGGUGCGAGGCAGCGGCGCAGCAGUUGGCGGUGCUGCGGUGCUGUGUGUGGCAGUCAGCUCAGCGGGAUCCCAUCCUCGUCGCCAGUGAAAUAUACUCCAAGUCGCAAAGUGAUUUCAUGCUCUUUAUUCAGCUCAUAGUGGUGAGGAGGAAUGAAUGAAUGUCCCCUCACAGUAUCUGCUUUAUAUACAUUAUUUACACAAUGGGCUGCACAUGAUUGGCUAAUUCUGGAAUUCUACUGUAAGCCAAUCAGGUUGUGGAUUCACUUCUAUCUGGAGCAGGAUUGGGUGGUUCCUGCCAACCAAUCAUACUGCUGCAUUGUUCUAGGACCAAUCAGACUGCUGCAUUCUGAAUCCUAUUGUUCUAGGACCAAUCAGACUGCUGCCUUUUGGAUCCUAUUGUUCUAGGACCAAUCAGACUGCUACAGUUUGGAUCCUAUUCAACUCAGUACAUAACAAAAGUACUAUUAAACAUUAAAAGCUUCCCUAAACAGGGCUGCCUUCAGAUGUCUUGUAAAAGUCUGGUAAUUGUUUUUCUCUUUGACAUCUGGUGGGAAGGCGUUCCACAGGGCGGGUGCCACUACCGAGAAGGCCCUCUUCCUGGUUCCCUGCAACCUCACUUCUUGCAGUGAGGGAACCGCCAGAAGGCCCUCAGCACUGGACCUCAGUGUCCGGGUAGAACAAUGGGGGUGGAGACGCUCCUUCAGGUAUAAUGGACCGAGGCCGUUUAGGGCUUUAAAGGUCAGCACCAACAUUCUUAAGGAAACCACCAAAAUUAUUGAGGUUUUUUUGGGGGGGGACUCUCCCCAAAAUACUGAUUUUAAGCUUUUGGAGCUGUUUCCACUGCUUUUUUUCCAUCGCAUUGCCAUACAUCCGGGUUUUCCCCGACAUUUUGCUGAUUCGACAAAAAAAACCCCACACACCAUUUUUACACCUGAAAACCAGGACAUUAAUGACAACCAUUAACUCUUCUCCGACUCCUAGGAGGAAAAGCUUUUGCAGUGUUAAAAGCCCAGCAGGAGGAAUUCCUGGACUCCCUCAACAAGGUAAGGUGCCCUUCACAUACCUUAUCUUCUCCACCAGGGGUGGGGGGUGUUUAAGGCCAGGGGGCCACAUUCCCUUCUAAACAAACUUCUGCAGGGCCGGAUGUGAGUGGUGGGUAGGGCCAGAGGCCAAGGUGGGUGGAGCAACCAAUGUCAUUGUUACCUAUAUACAAUUUCUCCCAUCCAGGCAAACAGACAAGACAUUAUCAGAGUCCAAGGAUGCAUUCCAGCCAAACCACACACAAAAACCCCGCAAUGAGGGUGCAAGGCAGAGUCAGCAAAGGGGCUUGGACUAGGAGAGGGGGUGUGGUGUGGGGAGAAUCCUGGAGCCCAAAUGAAGAGGCUUGGAAGGUUGCAUUCAGGGUCCAGGCCUGAGAUUCCCCACCCCAGAGCCAAGCUUUUUGACAAAUAGUUCCACAGCUUUGUAGAAGGCGACUGUGGAUAGCACUGACUGGCUAGCACAUGUGACGUCACCGUAAUUUGCACGUGGACCCGCAGAGAGUCCAGUUGCCACAGCAGUUUUACAGCUGCUUUAAAAAAAGGUUUUUGCUUCCCCAUCCUCUCAAAUAAGUUAAAAGGAUGAAUUGAGCAAGUAAGCAAGGCAUACGGGGGGUCAUUAAAGUUGAGGGGAAGGCACAGUUGAGCGGCAGAAUACACGCUUUGCAUGGGAAAGGUGUGUGGUUCCAGCCCUGGCGUAUCAGGUGGGACUGAGAAAGAUCUGAUGCCCUAGACAGCUGCUGCUGCCAGUCAGUGCAAGCAAUGCUAAGCUAGGUGGACAAACGUUCUGACUUGACAGAAGGCAGGUUUCCUGUUAAAUUAUCUGAAAUAAGCAGGGAGGAGCAUAAGGGGAGGAGCGAGGCUGACUGAAGGAUUAGCUUCACAGCAUAUAUGCCUGGUGUGCAAAACUAAAUCCGGGAGGAAGCAGAGCUCUUACACUGCGGUAAAGUCGUAAAUAAGCCAGUCUUCCAGGUGGAGGUAUCCGUUGCAAACCUAGCAUCCAGAAAUUUUCGCCUGGUCGCAAACUGGACCCGAGCCGGUUGCAAAAACACGCCUGGGGAAUUUCUAACAUUGGCAACAACAUCUGGGGACGCCAGGUUGACAGAGGGUGGCCUGCACUGACUGGCAAUGACUCUCUAAGGUUCAUCCCCCACCCUUCAGCUAGCUUGAUGUUUCCUGCUGUCUUGAGGGGUUGAUUCCUGUUUUCCCUGGCAGCUGUUGUGCAUCAUGACAUUACCUACUUCAGUCACUAGACUGCACUGGGAGCGGGUGGCACUGUGGUCUGAACUACUGGGCCUCUUGGGCUUGUCGAUCGGAAGGUUGGCAGUUCGAAUCCCCGCGACAGGGUGAGCUCUAGUUGCUCUGUCCCAGCUCCUGCCAACCUAGCAGUUCGAAAGCACACCAGUGCAAGUAGAUAAAUAGGUCCCACUGUGGCGGGAAGGUAAACGGCAUUUCUGGUUUCUGUCAGUGUUCCAUUGUGCCAGAAGUGGCCACAUGACCCAGAAAACUGUCUGUGGACAAACACCAGCUCCCUCAGCCAGAAAAGCGAGAUGAGCGCCGCAACCCCAUAGUUGCCUUUGACUGGACUUUACCAUCCAGGCGUCCUUUUUUUUACCUUUUUUACUGGACCUUACUGGAUGUGUUCCUACCCUAAUCAAUAUUUCCCCCCUGCCUUUCUACAGGAAUUUAUGGAUGACCCCAAAUACAGCACUGACGAAGACCUACCUGACAAAUUAGCAAUAUUUAAGAGUGAGUGCCAUCCGUGGAGGACUUGAGGUUGCGGGAGGGGGUGUGGGAUGGGGGGAAUAAGCCCCAUGUUGUUGCAGAAAUGGAUAACAAAACAAUACUUUUCAGCUGCAUCUAAUUCUAGCCCUGCACAGAGGAGACCCCCCUGCAUGGGCUGGGGUUGGACUACAUGACCAUCGGGGUACCCUGCAACGCUACAAUUUUAUGAUAAUAGACGUGCCUAAUUUAGGUCUGUUACUAUUAAUGGGCCUAUUCUGAAGGUAUACCCAACCAAUAUUCCUUUCUAUGACAACGUGGUGCUUAUUCCGAAGUACAGUGGUACAUCGGGUUACAGACGCUUCAGGUGACAGACUCUGCUAAGCCAGAAAUACUACCUCGGUUUAAGAAUUUUGCUUCAGGAUGAGAACAAAAAUCAUGUGGUGGUGGCGCAGCGGCAGCGGGAGGCCCCAUUAGCUAAAGUGUUACAUCAGGUUAAAAACAGUUUCAGGUUAGGAACGGACCUCCAGAACGAAUUAAGUUCUUAACCCAAGGUACUACUGUAAAUACAUUCAGCAUCGGGGCAACAUAAAUGAACUCCCAUUUAACUCUGGGGUCAUCUAGUCAUGGUGGCAGAAUCAUUUAAGCGAGUCCCCCCCCUUUUUUUUUUCCAAAAUGCAAAACUGCACAAUGCCCAUUUGGAUUCUUCCCCCCCCCCCCGCAUAUAACACCCAACUUCUCACAACAAAUGUAACUGAUCUGUAGAAAACACAACCUGAAGGAAGAGAAGACACACGUACUUCUGUAAACAAAAGAAAAUCUUUAAUAAUGAUGCGAAAUCUGGGCGGCAAACUGGUUUUGCUUGUUUGUUUCGUAACCAGCCAGCUGCCAGCUGCCCAAACUAAGAAAUAUAUUUUAAAAGAAAAUAAAAAAGAAUGCAGACCCCAGGCCUGUUUGCUGAUUCCCAAGCCCAGGGGCCAGCAAACUUUUUCAGCGGGGGCCGGUCCACUGUCCCUCAGACCUUGUGGGGGGCCAGACUAUAUUGGGGGGGGGGAUGAACGAAUUCCUAUGCCCCACAAAUAACCCAGAGAUGAAUUUUAAAUAAAAGCACACAUUCUACUCAUGUAAAAACACGCUGAUUCCCAGACCGUCCGUGGGCCAGAUUUAGAAGGCGAUUGGGCCGGAUCCGGCCCCCGGGCCUUAGUUUGCCCACCCCUGCCCAAGCCCCAUCACCUAGCACUCUCAGAGGAGUCAUUUGGGGGUGCUUUGGACAGGGCAGGGGGGCUGAACUUUGGCAAGGAGCUGAAUCACUGUAGCCAGAGGAGAAAUUAAUGUCUCAAUCAUAUGAACUGUUCAGCGCCUUGUAAGGCAGUGUUGAGCUUUCCUUCCCUGGAGGCAGCAGGAGCUGGUCCAUUUUAGAUUUCCUUCUUCCAUUUCAGUCAAACCUCGGUUCUUGAACGGCUCCAUUGCUGAGCGUUUCAGCUCCCAAAUGCCGAAAACCCGGAAGUAAGUGUUCCGGUUUUCUAACCUUUUUCGGAACUCGAACGGCUUCCGAAGCGCGUUCCUCUUUUCCCCCCACUGAAAUUGCCGAGAACCCUUCGAUUUUCGAACAUUUCGGAAGUCAAACGGUCUUCUGGAACAGAUUACGUUCGAAAACCGAGGUUCCACUGUAUGCGGUUUUGUGAUAGGAAUUUUCCUCCUCUUCUCCUGUGUGUGAGGGGAGCACCCUGUUGCAACAGAUCAAUAAAGAUCAAGCUUACUAGCUGCUUUGCUUCUCAAUAUUCUCUGGUUGGCCUCUGUUAUCUUCUCCUACCAAUAGGGAACCUAUGUAAGGACUCUAUAUGGGCUCUUGGGUACCCCAUAAGGGAAAAGGGCAAUUUUUGUUUACAACAGAUUCUAUCUGCACCGUACGUGUAAAGCAAUGUCAUGCCGCUUUAAACCAUCAUGGCUUCCCCCAAAGAACUCUGGGAAUGGUAGUUUGCUAAAGGUGCUGAGAGUUGUUUAGGAACCACCACCACCACCCAAUUCCACACAGACACACAAUUCCCAGAGUUCCCUGGUGUUAUGUACUGAAGUUUUCACCCUGGGCCAGCAGGGGGAUACUGUAGAUAGUUUUCACUCAGGUCCACAUAUGCAAAUAAGAGAUUGAAAGUGCCGUUCAGUGAUGGUAUAGUUACAGAAAAUGGUUACUGUUGCGUUGUAGUGGAGCUCUAUAUAAGCAGGCUGACUGAACCCUUCAGCUCAGUUGUGUUCUGGCCUGUGAAUAAACAAGAGCUGUUUGAAGAAUCGCUGUGUCGUCUGAUAUGUUCACCCACAACUUAACACUGGCGACGAAGUUGGGAUUGAUGGACAUCAGAGCACAGCCAGAUGCAGCCACCCUCUGAGCUGAGCUGAAUCACUGAGAUGAAACACUGAGCAAAAUCACUGAACAGAUCCAAUUCAGAGCUGACCGUUCUGGCUAGAGUACUGUGUUCCAUUCCAUCCAUUUAGGGCUUCUGCACAUGCGUAACCCCUGAAACCUGGAAGUAACCCGUUCUGGUACUUCCAGGUUUCGGCGGGUCCGUAACCCGAAAAAACGCAACCUGAAGCGGCUGUAACCCAAGGUAUGACUAUAUACAUAUAACAGAAUAAUCAGAGAUUUAAAGCAAACCAUCACAAUAUAGUUGAUAAACAACAGCAUCCAGCAAUGACUAUACAAGGGCGUGGGGGUUAUGAUCAGAAGCCUAAUAGAUGUGAUAAGGAAGGUAAGGGAACAGCUGAACAUUGUUAAAGUAGAAGCAAUGCAAGGAAGGAGAGAGGCUUAGGGAAGUGGAAGCUGGUAAUUCAUUCCUGCAUAUUAUAAGCUUUGGGAAUUUCAGGGCAGGUAAUUAAUUAUAUGUAUUUAUGAAGACAUGAAAUCAACACACUUAAAGAAAAGUAGAAAGCUUUAAACAAAAGGAAGAACAAGUCUGACACUAGACAAAGUAUCUGCACCCUUCAUUAAUUGCUAUUAAUUAAUUAUUAUUAUUAUUUUACCUGUCCUUCACGCUAAGGUCUGAGGGCAGUUUCCAACAUUAAAACACAAUAUUGAAAAGCAAGUUUAAAACAACUUGCAACUUUACUAAGUCCUGCUUACAUUUAUAACUAUUAAUAUUUUUUCUGGUUCUCUAAUAGUAAAAUGGUUUAAUUUUAUAAAAGUUGUAAAAUCAAUUGUUUAUAGAUUUUUUAAAUAGAUUUUUAAUACAUAGAUUGUGUAUCAAUUGUAUGAAAUAAAAUUUAUCUGUUUAAAGAGAAGGAAAAGAAUGAGGCACGCCCGUUGAGCAUAUAUCUAGUAACAGCUUUUGGAGAGCUAAGACUAAAACCUCCAUAUUUAGUCACAGUAUACCUUCAAGUACUAGAUGCUAGGAACCGGACAUGAAGACCGAGUCCUUUCAUUGCACCUUGUUUGUGACCUUCAUAGGGGUACGUAGCUGGCCAUAGUUGGAGAGAGGUAUUUCGGAGUGGCCAGACUUUGCGUCCAAUUUAGCAAGGCGGCUAUUGCACACUUACGUUAACCUGUUUGUUUUGUUUUUUUCUUUCUCCCACCCAGAGAAAUACAUGGACUUUGAUCUCAAUGCACAAGGAGAUAUAGGUGGGUGAAUUGUGUUCAUAGCAUGGCUUCCUAGUUGUGUAUGCACAAAUUUCCGCACCAGACACAUUCCUGCUCCCUAGUUCGUUAAUUGUCUUUGUCUACAGCAUUUUUAAUGUUUUUGAAAUAUACUCGGAGUCGAGAGUGGAUUUCAUGCUCUUUAUUCAGCUCAUCGUGGUGAGGAAGAAUGGAAGUUCCCCCAGAAUGUCUGCUUUAUUUACAUUACUUACACAAUAGGCCCCACGUGAUUGGCUAAUUCCGGGAUUCCCCUGUAGGCCAAUCAGGCUGCGGAUUCACUUCCAUCUGGAGCUGGAUUGGGUGGCUCCUGUGGACCAAUCAGACUGCUGCAUUCUGGAGCCUAUUGUUCUAGGACCAAUCAGGCUGCUGCAUUCUGAAUCCUAUGGUUCUAGGACCAAUCAGACUGCUGCAUUUUGGAUCCUAUUCAACUCAGUACAUAACAGUUUUAAUGUAUUUUUAAUCUUUUGUUGGAAGCCACCCAGAGUGGCUAGGGAAACCCAGUCAGACGGACGGGGUAUAAAUAAUAAAUUAUUAUAUUAUUAUCAUUUUAGCGCACUCUAUGGCAGUCCACUUUAGUUAUACCGGUUUGCUGUCUCCCUUCCCCCAAGAUAUCAUGGCCUUGAAGCGCAUGCUAGAAAAACUGGGCGCAGCCAAGACCCACCUGGAGCUAAAGAAGAUGAUCACUGAGGUGACUGGAGGUAUGAGCGAAACCAUCUCCUACCGGGACUUUGUCCGUAUGAUGCUGGGCAAGCGAUCAGCUAUCCUUAAAAUGUAAGUACCAUUAACGCACAGUCCGGUCUCAAAUAUAUCAGAUUUUUGCCCACGCAAAACUUGGGUUUGAUUUCCUUACACCAUCAUCAUCAUCAUUAUUAAAUUAAAUUUGUAUACCGUCCUAUACCUAGAGGUCUCAGGGCAGUUCGCCACAUAAAAAUCACAAUAUAAAAACACAAACUACAUAAUAAAAACAAAACCAAAAACAACCCAAGAAUCGCCCAACACAUUUCACAAAAGGGCACUGGAUGUCAGUCAGCCAAAGGUUGAAGGGGAACGUUUUUGCCUAGUGCCUAAAGAUUUAUAAUGAAGGUGCCGACGAACCUCCCCGGGGAGAGCAUUCCACAGAUGGGGAGCCACUGCAGAGAAGGCCCCGUUCUUGUGUUGCCACCCUCCGGGCCUCUUGAGGAGGCGGCACACGAAGAAGGGCCUCAGAAGAUGAUCUCAGGGUCCAGGAAGUUUAAUAUGGAGAGAGGCGGUCCUAAAGGUAUUACAUGGAAGGCUGUGGUGUCUUAGCGAUACAGUCAUACCUCGGGAUAAAUACGCUUCAGGUUGAGCGCUUUCGGGUUGCACUCUGCGGCGACCCGGAAGUAACAGAGUGCAUUACUUCCGGAUUUCGCCGCUUGUGCAGUCAAAAUGACAUCAUGCGCACGCGCAGAAGCAGCGAAACACGACCCACGCACACACAGACACGCUGCCGCGUCUUAUGUUCUGUUCGGGAUGCGAACGGGGCUCCGGAACAGAUCCCGUUCGCAUCCCGAGGUACCACUGUAUAUGGCUUUUAUUAUGGCAUGUAAUAAACAUGACGACUAUGUUCUACUUUCACUGCUGGACACUGAGCAUAAAGUGGAAGGGCUCACAAUGUUAACUAUCCAAUAGAUCUUGCUGCCCCCAUUAGGUUUCUAUGAGAGGCCCUGAGCUGUACAGUGGUACCUCGGGUUACAUAAGCUUCAGGUUACAUACUCUGCUAACUCAGAAAUAGUGCUUCAGGUUAAGAACUUUGCUUCAGGAUGAGAACAUAAAUUGUGCUCCGGCAGCGCGGCGGCAGCUGGAGGCCCCAUUAGCUAAAGUGGUGCUUCAGGUUAAGAACAGUUUCAGGUUAAGAACGGACCUCCGGAACGAAUUAAGUACUUUACCCGAGGUACCACUGUAUAGCCUUGGAUUCAGCACAGAGAGCAAGUCAAGUCUCUGUGUCUCUCCCCAGCCUAGUUCAAGACUACCAACUCCUUCACAGCCACUGGUCCCCGGUGAACUCGACUUCAGCUAUUCAAACAACCAAAAAGUCUUGUGGUACCUUAAUAACUUGGUGUAAGCUUUCAUAGACUCAUGCCUCCUUCAUCAGAUGCACCUGUAGAACCAUUUGCAAGAAACAGGCAGAUAUCAUAGAAUCAUAGAAUCAUAGAAUCAUAGAGAUGGAAGAGACCACAAGGGCCAUCGAGUCCAACCCCCUGCCAAGCAGGAAACACCAUCAGAGCACUCCUGACAUAUGGUUGUCAAACCUCUGCUUAAAGACCUCCAAAGAAGGAGACUCCACCACACUCCUUGGCAGCAAAUUCCACUGUCAAACAGCUCUUACUGUCAGGAAGUUCUUCCUAAUGUUUAGGUGGAAUCUUCUUUCUUGUAGUUUGGAUCCAUUGCUCCGUGUCCGCUUCUCUGGAGCAGCAGAAAACAACCUUUCUCCCUCCUCUAUGUGACAUCCUUUUAUAUAUUUGAACAUGGCUAUCAUAUGACCCCUUAACCUCCUCUUCUCCAGGCUAAACAUGCCCAGCUCCCUUAGCCGUUCCUCAUAAGGCAUCGUUUCCAGGCCUUUGACCAUUUUGGUUGCCCUCCUCUGGACACGUUCCAGUUUGUCAGUGUCCUUCUUGAACUGUGGUGCCCAGAACUGGACACAGUACUCCAGGUGAGGUCUGACCAGAGCAGAAUACAGUGUAUCCUGGCAUUGGUAAUCUAAUUAAGACAUGCAACAUGCUAAAAAAAACACCUUUCUCUCAAUUUAACUUACAAGUGAUGACUCUGCCCCACUACCGAUUUUAAUACAACCAUCUGCUGCUAUAAAAGGUUUAAAGGCCUGUCUCUUCAACAUACAUUUAAGCUCUAAUUAUCGCUGACUGUAUUUUUUUUGCAUCUCGUUAAGGUUCAACUUCCACCUUCCAGUGUUCUCCUUUAAAUACCUGUCAACUAAGAUUUAACUUUGUGCAUCUGACAAAGUUCCUGAAAGCUUGUGUUAUAAUAAAUUUGGUUUGUCUUUUAAGGUGUCACAGUUGUUUUUGCUCGCCACACUGGAAAAUCCAGCUGUUGAGUCUCUCUGUGGUCCCCCCUUUGGCCCAAAGUUAACAUAAUCAAGCCAAAAUUUAACAGUGAGCUUGAGCCGUUAACUUAAAGGGCCCGGCCUGACCACUUUAGCAGUCCUUUUAUAUGCAGAAUCCCAUAUUAGAUAUGAAAAGCAGCCUAGGGGUGGACCCCAAUGAUGAAAUCUAGAAUAACCCCCAAUCCUAGAACAAUUUUCCGGCCUCAGACUCUUGUUAUCCUCAGGUGGAGUUCAGUUGUGACCCCCCCCUCCAUUACACGACAUACCUGGUGGGUUGGGGGGGAAUUAUCUGGUCCAACAGAGCUCGUUUUAUUUUCUUAAAUGGCCACCUGUCUGAUUUAAGAAGGGGCAUCUCUUGUGAAUUCAUAUUUCCUUCUUAUUUCUGCAGAAUUCUGAUGUAUGAAGAAAAAGCCAAAGAGAAGGAUGAGAAGCCAGCCGGACCCCCGCCCAAAAAAAUUAUUGCAGAUCUUCCUUAAAAAAAUAACCCUAACUACAUGGUUGGCUCCAGCCUCCAAGCUGUUCCUGGAGCUCUUCGUAAAGAGGAGAGCCUUUCUUUUCGAAAAUGUCCUAGAAUAAGGGGUUCGUUUGAAACUGUCUUUCUGGAGUCCUCCUAUGGCAGAACUCUGCCUCAUUGUGUGGUGGGGUGGGGGAGAAGGUAUUUUCCCUGUAAGGUCGUAUUUGUUGUUCUACUUUUUACUCGCUCCAUUAAAAUAUAUAUAUAUAUACUAAAUUCCUGUUACAACUGCUGAUCGUAAUGCCAAUAACAAUGGUGUUUGCAAUGUAGUCUUGUUCAUGUCUACUCAGAAGUAAGCAUAUUCCCACUGUGUGCAUAGCACAGGCAUAGACAAACUCCGGCCCUCCAGAUGUUUGGGACUACAAUUCCCAUCAUCUCUAGCUAACAGGACCAGUGGUCAGGGAUGAUGGGAAUUGUAGUCCCAAACAUCUGGAGGGCUGGAGUUUGCCUAUGCUUGGCAUAGCACAAUUGAGAUUCCUGUGCCACUUUCCCGGGUGUUGUUGGACUUCAUUUCCCAUCAGCCCCAAGAACUGCAAUCCAGCGAUUUUGUGAAGGCCAACAGCUUUCUCACCCUUGGGUAUAGCCCUAGGCUGAAAACUGCAAUCCUGUGCACCCGCCUUUGCCAACCGGGUGCCCUCCAAAUAUCCAACUCCCAUCAGCCCCAGGCAUAUUUCUGGAAGGAUUCUAAUAAAUAAUGGGACUAGUGCACAAUUUGAUUAAACACACACACACACCUCUUCUACCCCACCGUGCACCCUGUGCCAUCCCCAAAUCUGCUCUUGAAAACCCUGGAGCAUUUUAUUUUUUGCCCUGGCUUCUCAGAUCGUGCAAAUCUUUCGCCUUUUUACGUAUUUUGUUAAACUGAUUGGUCACUUUCUUUUAAAAAAAACCAAGGUAUCUCAAAGCAACAUACAAUAUACAUUUCCGAGCACAAUUCAAAGUGUUGGUGCUGACCUUUAAAGCCCUAAACGGCCUCGACUCAGAAUACCUGAAGGAGGGUCUCCACCACCAACAUUCUGCCUGGACACUAAGGUCCAGCGCCAAGGGCCUUCUGGCGGUUCCCUCACUGCGAGAAGUGAGGUUACAGGGAACCAGACAGAGUGCCUUCUCGGAAGUGGCGCCCGCCCUGUGGAACACCCUCCCUUCAGAUGUGAAGGAAAUAAGCAGCUAUCCUAUCUUUAAAAGACAUCUGAAGGCAGCCCUGUUUAGGGAAGUUUUUAAUAUUUAAUGCUGUAUUGUUUUCAACACUUGAUUGGGAGCCGCCCAGAGUGGCUGGGGAGACUCAGCCAGAUGGGAAGGUAUAAAUAAUAUAUUAUUAUUAUUAUUAUUAUUAUUAUUAUUAUUAUUAUUUUAAUAUAAACACACACACAUACAUUCUAGAUAGCAUUAAAAAAAACAAAGUGGUAAGGAGAAAUAUGAAAUAGCCUUAAAAAAAAAUAAUCAGGAUUAAAACAUCUCACCCACUCAAGGAGGCCACAGAUAAUUAAGAACCAAAGGCCUGGUGAAAAAAAGAAAUGUUAUGCGUACUUAAAACUGCACACCCAUAUAUAUUCAAACAGCUCCUAGGCACCGUUUAAGAUUACAUCCAGGAUCACUGCCACUCUGGUCGGUUUGCUUUUGCAACGCGUUGCUCGAAUUCAAACCUCCAGUGGCCCCUAUUUAAAUAAAUACAACCACUUUCUGCUUUGCAAAGAGUGAGGGAAAGAGGAAAGAUCAGGAGCCGCCCCGCUAUUGCACGGAUUACGCCGAAUUUCCAGACUCCCUUUGCAACACCUGCCCGUUGAACUCCCUCGAACCCCCGCCCGCCCGCUUCUCUGUUUUCGAACUCCCUUCCUUCGGGGUUUUGCCCCCUUAGCCCCGCCUCCCGUGCAGCGUGUGGGGGCGUGGCUUCGCCGCCGCCGCCGGGGCCUGGGACCCGGAUGGCCGUUUAGUCGGUGCUUAGACGCCGAGGCUGCCGCAUCGGGCCUUGGACAAAUUACAAAGCAAGGGGGAGGGGGGGACAGCGUAAUCCGCCUCCAUCCUCCGCCUAGAUUUCCCUUCCGCCCCCGGGAAGCUCGUAUCCGGAUAGAGCGGACCGAGCCCGAUCAGACGAGGUGGGUAUCGGCCUGGUUCGCCCCCGGUAACCCUCCGCUUGAGCGCUCGCAGGGCGGCGCUGGUGCGAGGGAAGAGGAUAGGUCGGCUCGAGCCGGUAGAGCGCUCAGGCCUCCGCCAUCUUGUCCCUUACUUCAUCCUCCUCGGCCGCUCUCCCCGUAGCUGAAUCCGCGUCCAUCCGCCCCUCAGGCCCCGCUCCCCGCUCCCCGUGGCCAGCCGUGCCCUUCCCAAAGCGCUGCCCUUGUGGCUCCAGGCGGGUAUUUGCCCCACUGGAGGGCAGUCGGGCUCCCAAUGGCUGCCCUCCCCCGGGGUAGAGCCGCCUACAAAGGGAGAGUGAAGAGGGUGCUCUCUCUUCCUGACUCUCGCCUUGGACCCCCCCCCCGCAACACGGGCUUGGUUGUUCACACGACGGCGGAACCUGCGGGUUGGGGGGGGGGUGCCAUUGUCGAGGGGGCGCUAACAGGCCUUUGGGGGUUUGAGGCUUCAGGUGGAGUUCAGUUGUGACCCCCCCACCCUCCAUUACCCGACACACCUGGUGUUUUUUGUGGGGUGGGGGGGUGCGAUUUAUCUUAAAUUUGGAGAGGGCCGUGAGUGAGGUGUGGAAAUACAAAGGGCCAAGAUGGUUCUGGAGCAGGUGGGGCUUUUUUAAUGCGGGUGGGGGGGAUUAUAAGGCCCAGUUGAUCGCCUAGUAUCCAUCUCUAGGGUGGUCUGAAGUAUUGAGGCUGUAUUUGGGGGUGCUGGGGUUUCCUUUUUCCCUCCCCAACACCACACACAACAUUUUAUCUGGUGCCUCUAAAAGAUUUCCCCUUUAGAACCUAUGAUGAAAUCUAAAUGGAUAUUUUAGGGGAUAAAGGGCUGGUUUUUGUGUGUGUAUGAGAGAGAGAGCACAGAAAUUUGAGGCUGAAUCCGGCCAUUCCUUUAUCCCUUUGCAUUUCGCCCUCUGUAUUUUGUAUUAAUUUCUAUUUUGAUUUUUUUGUGGUCUAAAAUACCACAGGGUGGUGGUGGUGGGUACACUUUUGUACCCCAGCAUACCUACAGUAUAGUACCGACAUUUGAGAUAUGUGGCACUAUUGGCAUGAGGAGGUGAAGUUGAUUGAAAUCCAAUUUUUUAUACGUAAAGGAAUUUCUUUAAAAUAAGAAAGUAUUAGAAGCAUCCAAAUGUUUGGGGGGGGGGGAAAGGGGAGAUGUGUUUUGAUAGAAACUGGUGUGUGUGUGUGUGUGUGUGUGUGUGUUUAGAGCAUGAUACUGUAAGGCUCUUGAGGUUUGCAGCUGUAUAUAAGCUAUAUCAUUAAUUUAAGUCAACCUCUGCCUUCAGGUUUGCUGUAAUGUAUUAAAACAUUUUUCUCCCCAGGAAAAAUCCAAAUGUCGGAAGGGAUGGGUGGAGUAGGGGACAGGAGGUGUGGCCUUUUUUUAAAAAAGAGAGAAUGGUUUAAAGGCAGCGGCACUACUAUUUGAAGAGGGCAGCUAAAUCAUCGUCUUCAUUGCCUACGCUAGUACCCCGCGGAAUUGAGAAGAUACCCUAAAUAAGGGCGAUAUUGAGGUAGUCAUGAAGUUACAGCCGUGUUAAUUGCGAGAUGAACCGCUGAGUUAUAAAAACCCGUUUUAUUGCAGCUGCACUUAAGAAAGCAAAACCUGUUAAGCAGGCAGCUUUUAUGAUGGUUUGGGGGUAUCGCUGAAAAUCUAGACAUGGUAGGACUACAGUGGCAAUAUCAGUAGUUGGGUGUCAUUUAAAUAGAAAAUCUUAUCUGUUUGGGGGUGAUGAAUAUCUCUCUUUGAAGCUAGUAUUGAGACUAGGGGUGUGCCUUUGGGAAAAGGGAGAGUGGCUUCUUAAUCUAAAGCCUUGUUUCUUCUAGCACGCUCAAACACGGUGGAUUGGAAGGAAAAGUCGUCCUCAUGACUUGUGUGGUUAGAAAAGAUUAAUGGCUUCUUGUUGUAUACCCCCCCAUCCCUUUUUGGUAUUUUUAACAGAACAGCCGGAAUUAAUUUAGCUUAAAAGUGGAGUUCAAAUUUCCCAGCAUUGUGGCAAGAGGGUGGGGUGAUAGUGAUUUGCAAAGGGUGUAUGGUGACACACACAAAAAAAGUGAGCUAAUAUGGCUCCCUUUCAUUUCAGAACCACAAGUCUCAAAAUGGGGUGGUUUUAAAAAUAAUGGGUGUGUUUAUGCAGCAAGAAGGGGGUCCUCUUCCCCCCCCCUCCCACCAAAAGGCACAACACACACACCCCAGGAAAAAAUUAGGUAGCCAAAGCCAAGGCAGCUUUUUGACGAGUGUCUUAACUGGGUCCUUGCCAGGUUUACCCGUGCACAAAAAAAGAGAGCAUGGCGAUUCUGAGGAAAGGGUUAGAAAUGAAAUCUAAUUGCCAGGUUUCGCAUUUCAAGACAAGCAAAUUUGCCCUAAAUAUUAAGCCCUUUCAUGCAGAUUUACAGGGUUGCUGGUGCUGGUUGUGAGGAAGAGUGAGAGUGCCUCCUCCCCCCCUUCAGUUCUCCUAUAGGCUUAGAUCCCAGUUUUUCCAUGUUCAUUUUGGGGUGCUAAAUGCAAGGGGGAGGGGAUGCUGAAGUGAUGCCUAUUUGUUUCUCUGCUUGAUUCAGAACCACCCUUUUUAUAAAAUGGUUGUUCGAGGAGGACUCUCUCAUCUGGUGCUUCCCUGUUCCGGUGAUGGAAUUUAGGGGGGGUUGGUUUUUUUUCCAUGGCAAUUACUCCUAAUUUCAGAUUUAUGUUUGCUAAUUGAGCACAUAGUGUUUUUUCUUCGUUAACAUGGUUUCAAACUAGGAGUGUCUUCUUUGACUUUAGAAAGCUAUUCCUCUCUAAUGCAGCUUUGGGAUUCUGCAGAUAAAUUGAAUAUACUGUAUUAAUAAUUAAUGGUUGCUGAUUCAGUUUUUGGGUGGCUUUGAGGGGGGGUUUUGGUGCGUGUGGGGGGGGAGGGUGUUUCUUCCUUUUUCCUCUCAUCACCAAGUUUUAAAAACCCUUAAAUUGAGGUUUUAAUGUCUAGAAUUAUUAAAUAUGUGGAUGUAUAAACUCGUUUUAAACGUGUGGAUUUACAAUAAAAGAACAGCCAGUGCUCAGAAGGAUGGGAUGCAAUCCUAGCAGAAUGGGGUUGUCAAUGUAGAUUCCAGAAAGACCGUAUAAAUUAAUUAAAUAAAAAAAUCAGCUGCAACUAGUAGGGUGUGCUAUUUUUAAAACUGCUAUUGGCUUGUUUUUGCUCAGGUGCCAUUAUAUCUGGUUGUGCAGUGCUGAGGGAAUUGGACAUCUUAGCUAUGCAUUAUGUAGUGAAGGUACAAAGAGGGCGGUGGUAUUACACUAAAUGUCUCUUCAAAAGGCAAUGCAGAACAGUUUAUUAAAAGAAAAUCCCACUAAAAUAGCAUCAAUUCAUGAUUAUCUUAACUCUGAUAACAGAACAGUAGUAAUCUAUGGUCAGAAUCCUCUGCUUUUUAGCAUAAGGCAAGUGAAGUGGUCCAAGUGUUCUUAAUAGAUGUGCAGUAUUGGAUACUUUAUAAGGUAAUGUGCUCAUACAAAUUCAUACAUUUUGUUUUUUAUAUAUGUAAGUCAUUUGCAAACACAAUUGCCCUGGUCCAUCUAAUGGGCCCCUGCAUGGUCAUAUGGGUGCUGUGUAGUGGUCCCAGGCCUAAUCCAACUAUGGUUGGAUAUCAGACAAUAAUGCUGAAUAGCUGUUUUGACAGAAGAAGCUUGGGGGGGGGGCCUACCUCUAGAGCCCCCCUCUUCCCUGAAUACUUGAUGGAGUGUGAUUGCUGAUUGCCUGACAGGCUGUGUACACAUAAUUGAAUUAUGGCCAGAACAUCUUUUUACAGCAUCGGCUGGCAUAAAUUGACUUUAAACAUUGCAUGAUGUUUGAUUAAAAUUUUCAAAUUUUUUUUUACACCCAAAUUGUGUUGUUUUGUUUUAUGAAGCAUCUUUGAUUCACUUUGUCAUCUUUAAAUAAAACAAUAAAUUGUGGAAGGGAAGAUUUCUCAGUACGGUGAGUUCUGCGGGAGUGUUUAUAAAUGAAUAUGAUUCUAGGUGACCAAUAGAGUGGCAGUCAUUAUUGAUAGUGCCCCCAGUAGUCUGAUGAUAGUACAGUGCUCUUUUGAGCCUUUAUUCUUUCAAGAUGACACUUUACAGAUAGGGCUUGUAAUUAAGUAUAAUUAUGAUUUAGAUGUUAGGAGGCCUUAACUGUGACAUGUGCCUGGUAAUGGAUUAACCGCCACUGGAAUCUUAAAUGUAUUCUUCAGUAUAUCUAUGAACACAAUGUGUCAAAGACUCCCCCUCCCCUUUUCCUGUAGCUGAGUUACAUUUUUAGGAUUGACACAUAAAAAGCAAGAGGUGUACAUCAUAGCAAAUAUUACUCAUUCUGUAAAAAUGAUGAGUCAAAAGAUAUAAUCCAUCAGUAGUCUUGGUGUUAAUUUUCAUUUGCAAACUUACUUAAUAAUGUUUGCUGUCCUACAAAGUAAUUUUUUAGCUUAUACAGUGGUGCCUCGCAAGACGAAAUUAAUCCGUUCCGCGAGUCUCUUCGUCUUGCGGCUUUUUCGUCUUGCGAAGUGCGGCUAUUAGGCUAUUAGCGGCUUUAAGAAAAAGGAAACAAACUCGCAAGAACUCGCAAGACGUUUAGUCUUGCGAAGCAAGCCCAUAGGGAAAUUCAUCUUGUGGAACAACUCAAAAAACGCAAAACCCUUUCGUCUAGCGAGUUUUUCGUCUUGCGAGGCAUUCGUCUUGCGGGGCACCACUGUAUUUGGGGUGGGGUGGUGGUUUUGAUGUGUGUAGGUAAAACAUUGGUCUUCAUUAGGUGCAGAAUUCACUUUUUGAUGGUAAUUUUGGUAUCUAGUGGCCAGGAAGUUGAGUGUGUGUUGGACCCACUCACCCUUCCACCCUGCUGUAUUGGGUAGGUGUAGGAGCUGCUUAAGUGUAGUGUAAUACCACAUGACUUGGGUGGUGUGUUUGAGUAGCAUUACCAUACAUCUUCAUGAGUUUUCCCAUAAAUUCAUUGGAGCUAGCUCUUUCUCUCAUAACGUGGUUGUGAAGUUCCUUCAGUUUGUGGUUUCAAUAAGCUAUUAGAGCUUUCAUGCUGUAAUGUGCCCAUCAGCUUUUUCUUGCUGUGGUUGGCAAAAAGAUAAAAACACAAUUAAAACCCAGCAGCAUUAAGGCUUAUUGUUAAUCGAGCAGGUGGCUAAUAUGUUAAUGCACCAGUGCAUUCCAACUCCACAAUUCUAUGAUCAUAUGUCCCCUAAGUUCUAUGAUAAAGAGGUUGAGUUGGUUCUUCAUGGACUACAUGCCAUUUCUGAAACCAAAUAUACCGUAAAAGCAGCCGAUGUGUCUACUUGAGCUGUAAUACACUGAAUUGGUCCAAACCCUGUUGUUUGCAGUAUGAAGGAAAAGCUAGCUAGACCCAGAUGGUUACUCUGAAAGCGCCUUUGAUUGGCCAUGCUCGCAUGUGCAAUGGUUUGCCAUCAACCAGGCCUGGAAGCUUCUCCCCUCACAUGUGCAGUAAUAGGAGGAGGACGUGCGCAACUCAGCUCAUUCUCAUCAACAAGGGAAAUGAAUGGGGUUCACCAAAAGAGCUGAUUACAGUGGUACUUCAGGUUACAAACACUUCGGGUUACAGAAGUAGUACCUUGGGUUAAGAACUUUACUUCAGGAUGAGAACAGAAAUGGCGCAGCGGCAACUGGAGGCCCCAUUAGCUAAAGGGGUACCUCAGGUUAAGAACAGUUUCAGGUUAAGAACGGACCUCCAGAACGAAUUAAGUUUGUAACCAGAAGUACUACUGUACUCCUUCAGUAUUUCUAGUCUCGGGCCUACUACUAGAUUGGGACAGAUCUUAGUUGCAAAUAGCCACUGAUGUGUUCAGAGUUGUAAAAUUUUUGUACAUGUAGAAACUAUUUUUGGGGUGAAGGGACUGGGAAUUUUUUGGACAAAUUGAAAAAGUGUAACGCUUCUUUAUUAUGUACCCUAUACGUAUUGAAAGAACUUUAUUCCUUUAGGAACAUAGAAUUAUAGAACUGUGGAGUUGGAAGGGACCCUAAGGGUCAUUCCUCCAACCCUCUACAAUGCAGGAAUUGCAGCUAAAGAAUCCCUGAGAAAAAGCCACCCAACCUAUGUUCAAAAACCUCCAACGAAGCAGAGUCCACCACCACCUGUGGGAGUCUGUUCUACUGUCAAACAGCUCUUACCACCAGAAGGUUCUUCCUAAUGUUUAGUUGGAAUCUCCUUUCUUGUAGUUUGAAUCCAUUGGUUUGGAUCCUCUGGAGCGGCAGAAAACAGGUUUGCUCCAUCCUCUCAUGCGACAACCCUCUUCUAUCACCUCUCAGUCUUCUUCUGAGCUAAACAUACCCAGCUCCCUUAACCAUUCCUCAUAGGGCUUGGUUUUCUCCUCUGCACCCUACACAUCAAAACCCUGACUCACAUGCUCAGUGAGAGUCGCAUCUUUCUCCAGGAAUGAGACCACACAGUAAGCCAGCUGGGUGUGGAAGACAUAAUGCAUUUUGUAAAACCUGGUUUGGCAUCAUGUGUGGUAUACUAAAAGUAGUUCAUUCUGACAAUACAGGGGUACCCUGGUUGUCAAACUUAACCAGUUCCGGGAGUCUGUUCAACUCCCAGAACCGUUCGAAAACCAAGGCACAGCUUUUGAUUGGCUGCAGGAGAUUCCUGCGCUCAAAUCGGAAGCUGGGUCGGAUGUUCGGCUUCCAAAAAACAUUCAUAAACCGGAACACUUACUUCCUGGUUUGCAGCGUUCAAAAGCUGAUUUGUUCAGGAGCCAAGCCAUUCGAGAACCAAGGUACCAUUGUAAUUACAAAUUCCUUUUUAUGUUAAAUUUUAGUUAUAAAUGGAGCUGUAAGCUGCAGUUCAGUAAGAAGUCCAGCAUCUCUUUGGUUUUGCCAGUUUUGGAGGAGAAGGCAUAACACACACACACACACACACACACACGAAGCAACCAACAUUACAGUAAAACAGAUAAUUAAUCUGAAAAUUAUGUCUUCUCCAGUCUUCCACAGUGUCAAGCAGAAAUAAUAGUAGCUAAGAAAAGGAGGAAGGGGAAACAAAACUCAGAUGAACGCUACAUGAAAUUUAAUCAUUCUCUUUUUCUAAGCUAGCUCUAUCAGUUUCUGUUGUUUCAUAUUUGUCAUCAUAUUUCUCUUGCAGUUCUAGAAAGGGAAGGUUUGCCCAGCUUGAAACAAACUUCUCCCCUUUCACAGUUUAUUUCUUGAUUUGGUGUGAGUACUUCCAAAAAUAGACCAGUUUCUUUCACAUGCUGCAGAAGCUGGGUGAAUCUGAAGUGGGUAAGAAGCAAGGGAGUUGGGUUGUGUACAAACCUUGCCACCAUGUUGCAGGAGAGGUACGCUUGGCGGAAUCACAGACAGCAUUCCUUGGUCAAAUACCUGCAGUGUUUGAAAAUACCUUUCCAACACUGAGUCCUAAGUGUGCUGCUUGUUUUGUAAUCGAGGCAAGUGCAGGAGCAAUGUUUUCCUCGCUUAACAUGGAUCCAACAGAUGUGCAGCAGCAUGAAUUGGACGCCAGCAAAGUUAUAUUUCCCUGUACUUCCUCCCAUUCCUAGUUCUUUGGAGCCUAGUCAAGAAGAUCCACCAACAAGAGGAAGGCCACAGACAGAGAGGGCAUUGAAUCCUCCUUCCUUUUCUUGUGACAAAGGGUGUGGCCUCCAGGAGCAGAACUGCAUCUUGCUCUUGCAUUUGAGAGUUGUAAUCUCAGUGUAUAACUCAGGACUUGCUUGUCCUCGGUGUACAGCAAUUGCACUAAUCUGAUACUGUACAUGGGCUUGCAUAAAAGUCUUCCUGUUACAGUUUUAGAAAUUUGGGGGGGGGGGGGCCCUAAAUAUAUAAGCACCUAGUCUUUAAGAAAAAUUCAUCAUUCAUAAAGCAAAUAAUUUAUUUUCCAAUUUUUGAGGGGAAAUGGGGUGUUUUUUUGCUGGUUUUGGGGGAGGGCGUUUAGAAGUUUGCAAAUCUCUAAUACAGUAAAGCAUGUUUCGUGACUCCAGGUUUUUAAGGAGUUAAAUGGGCAGCAGUGUGGUAUUCUGAUUAGGGACCUGUGUUUUCUCCUCUGUGACAAUUGCAAUUUUGCAUCUUUUCAAAUGUAACUUUUCAGAAUUGAGCCCCGAUUUUGAUUGCUAAUAUGUAACUAGUCACUGGCAAGUCCGUCUCAACCUCAGCCAAACCAAAAUUCCAAGGUAAGGGUGGUGUUGAAAUGCUGAGUUAAAAAAAGAAGUUAAUUUAUUCCCAACACAAACUGUAUUUUGAGUUAGCCAUAGCUUGCAUGACUUCACAUUUCAAGAUGCAAAUGCUCCUCUUACGACAUUUUGCCAACCUUUGCAAUGGUGCAUUUGUUUUCCUGCCUACCUCCUGACACUCAAAACAUGCAGUUCUGUGUGUUUGAUAUAAGCUAAAUAAAAUCACCCAAGAUUGGCAGGUUGGGGAACAGAAAGUCAGGUAUAUAAGCUAAUUGCCAAAUGUCACCUUAAAUCUAGGUUACAGCACCACAGUGGGAUGUCUUAAGUCCCUUUUUGUGUGGGGUUUUUUAAUUAAUUUCAUUUCUAUGUCGCUUUAUAUUUAAAGAAUCUCAAAGUGGUUUUAUAACACAUUCAACAUCAAACAAAACAAUCCAGAAUAAAACAAAUUCAAGCUUUGAGGAGAAUAUUUCAGAUCCUUCUCUAAGCAACAUUUUGCUUUCCCCAGUUGCCUACCUGGCAUCCAGAGAUCUCCACUUGGCCGCAGCUGGACCCACGCCUGGCUAGUUUCUGACGCUGUAGGGGAGAGAUGGAGAGUUCUGUGGCCCAGCCAAUGAAAUACUUCCCCCUAAAAAACAACAACAUAGAACUUGAUGGGAGGCACUGAGAAUUUGGCCUGCUCCUAUCUGCAUUGACUGCCUUAGAGUCUCUUCCUCAGUCACACUACAGUGGGAUGGGGUUGUAAGAGCUGGGUGGAACAUUAGCCAUCGUUCAUCGUUCUUUCUCUAAAUUGGUGACUUCCGCUCCGUUUGCAUGGUUUACUUACUGGGAUGUUUGCGUUCUUGUGAAAAGCAGUUAUUCCUACAAUAGUAGCAGGCACAAUAUGGCGAGUAGUACAGUCAUAGGUAAAGGUAAAGGGACCCCUGACCAUUAGGUCCAGUCGUGACCGAUUCUGGGGUUGCGGCGCUCAUCUCGCUUUAUUGGCUGAGGGAGCCAGUGUACAGCUUCCGGGUCAUAUGGCCAGCAUGACUAAGCCGUUUCUGGCAAACUAGAGCAGCGCACGGAAACACCGUUUACCUUCCCGCUGGAGCGGUACCUAUUUAUCUACUUGCACUUUGACGUGCUUUUGAACUGCUAGGUUGGCAGGAGCAGGGACCAAGCAACGGGAGCUCACCCCAUUGCGGGGAUUCAAACCGCCGACCUUCUGAUCGGCAAGUCCUAGGCUCUGUGGUUUAACCCACAGCGCCACCCGUGUCCCUAGUACAGUCAUACCUCAGGUUAAAUGUGCUUCAGGUUGAGCAUUUUCAGGUUAUACUCCGUGAUGGCCCAGAAGUAACAGAGCGCGUUAUUUCCAGGUUUCGCCGCUUGCGCAGACGCUCAAAAUGACGUCACGCGCAUGCGCGGAAGCGGCGACACCCACAGACGCGGGUUGCAUUCGCUUCAGGAUGCGAACGGGGCUCCGGAACGGAUCCUGUUUGCACCCAGAGGUACCACUGUAUAGACGUUGUAGGGGAAUUUGGAGUAAAGGACUAGGGGUUGUGUGAGGCAAAAGAGCCCUGGCAAGUGGAUGCUUCCAAACUGCCAAGCCAUCCAAUAACGUGUUUAUAUAGAAGUUGAGAGGUGUUUGAUUGUUCUGGCCCCCAAAGUUUCAUCCAGCUGGGAACUAGAGAUCAGGAAAGAGAAAUAAGAACCUCCCAUGUACAGAAGCCCAUUUGGCACUUGCUUGCAGACCCUGCAAAUGUUGUUCAAUGUGUUUCUGCCAUUGUGGUGGUUAGGGUUCAUUCAUGGGAUUCCUGUUACCUAUGCCACCCUAGAAAAGAUUCCACAAAUUUGGGAUUAGCAGAAAGCGAAGCAGAGACUACCUUACACUCACAGCCACUGACUGCAGCUGCUUCCAUGUUGAUUAAUUAUGCUUUUUCUUCUGGGAGUGGUUUUGUUUGUUCUCCCUUUAACAGGCAGUUCAGUUGCAAAGCAAAGGUAAGCAAAGCCCAAACUAGCAGCCAGUAGUUGCCAGCUAGCUUUACGUAUUUUCAAUUUGAUUGGAAAAAUAAAAUUUUAAAAAAUCACACCAUCCUGACCUUAAGUGGUCCUCAAGGCAUUUAAUAGCAGAUGCAUGUGGCACAGAUCUAGAAAUGCACAGCAUUCCAGUUUUAAAGCACUGUUGUUGCUUUUUAAAAGGCCACAGGAGUAUCAACCAGUGAAGAGAGAUUUUUAAAAAUCAAGGAAGUCAACCAGUGAUCCAAAGUCUAGUGGCCACAAAUUAUUUUCUAAAAGCCACAAUUUAUUGGGUCUGGAAUGGCCAUCCUAGGGGCCACGUUCCAUAGAGCGAGUGCUAAAAAAUGACCCUUACCACCAAAGGCCAGGAUUCCAGAGCAGUCUUGUAUGGUGACCUGAUCCCACAGAGAGAAACAGGAAUCCACAGGUUCCUAAGGUAAGCUGAACCAAAACCUGCCAGGGUCAAGGGGGCACCUCCCUUUGGUGUCUUUAUAAUAUUUUGACUAAACAGUACCGGUUAUGGCCUUUUGCUCUAUUCAGUAAAAAUCUCACUGACCAGUUAUCUCUCACCUCUCUUCACAAAAUCAGGGCAGCGCCUUAUGGCUAAAACGCAUGCAUAAAAACUACAAACGCAACAAUACAUAAUACAGUAAAUUGUGCCACAUGGUUGCCAACAAUCUUUCCACUUGUUCGAACAGCUCAGGGUGAACAGAUCUGUCGUGAAUAUUACCCACCCACUUUGUGCAACUACGACAUCGCUCAUAUGAUGGCAUGUCAUGCAAAAGGAAGGGCAGUGGGCCAAAAAUACAUGCAGUUCCAAAAGGCUGCCAGACCACACUCGGUUGUAAAUGCAGGAUUUGCUCCAGUAACUGAAGAAUAAUGGCUUUGUGGGUUAGAAGCUGCUUACCCCCUCCCCACAGUCAAUCAUUUAAAUUUAGACAUAGUUUCCUAAUGGUGUCAUUGUGCAGCUUAUGAAGGAUGUGGGGAUCUUUCCCAUCAAGGACUUCUUGAAGAGCUUGGUCAUCUCUAUUUGUUCUGUUAUCAGGGUAGACGUUCUGGCCUUGCAAACGAUGAAAUCUGAUUUAAAAAUUAGAGGCUGAAAGAACAUGGCUUCCUGUGGUUUGUUUCAGAUGCCCUUCAAAGGAGAUGGAGCUGCAGCUUAAUGGAACAACUUGCCACCCCUGUGUUCGCACCAGCUUCCUCUCCCACUUGCCCUUGCUUCUGUAUCAUCCCAAAUUCUCCUUCCCCUCAGUCUCCCCAGCCCUCCCUGUCAUGCCAAAGGUCCCCUGCUCAGGCCUGGCAUCUCCUGUUAAAUCAUCUCAGGGAGCAGGCUGUGAUAGACCUGUCUGCUGUUAGGCAGAGUAGACAAUGAAGGGCUGGAGAAACUAUAAUGGCUUGACUCUGGGCUUAGCCACACUUAAAUUUCAGGUACGGUCUGCAUUUAGAGCUCUAGGUCUGAGCACUUUGCUGCCAGAGCUUUCCCCCUCGAAAACCUGCUCUUUAAAGCUCAAUCGGAGCAAACUGCAAUCCGUGGAAAACCCAAAUUGAUGUUUGCUCUGAUUGAGCACUAAAGAGUGGUUUUUGCGUGGAAUGCUCCCUCCCUCCAAAAAAAAUUCCCAGCGCUCAGACACAGAAUUUUUAAGCACAGACCUGUGCCUGGAAAGAACAGGGGGGAAAGGUAAGUGUGGAUAAGCCCACUGUAGAAGGCAGCUUCUGCUCUAUUCUGCCUUAGUCAGACCACACCUGGAGUACUGUGUUCAGUUCUGGGUACCAUACUUUAAGAAGGAUGUUGACAAGCUGGAACGUGUGCAGAGGAGGGCAACCAAGAUGAUCAAGGGUCUGGAAACUGAGCCUUGUGAGGAACGAUUGAGGGAGUUGAGUAUGUUUAGCCUGGAAGAGAGGAGACUGAGAGGAGAAAUGAUAGCCAUCUUCAAAUAUCUAAAGGGCUGUCAUAUGGAGGAUGGUACUGGCUUGUUUUAUUCUGCUCUGGAGGGUAGGAUCCCAACAAUGGCUUCAAGGAGUUUCCAGCUACACAUCAGAAAGAACUUUCUGACAGUAAAAACUGCUUGUCAGUGGAACGGACUCCCUCAGAAGGUGGCAGACUGUCCUUCCAUGGAUGUUUUUAAUCAGAGGUUGGAUGGCUGAGUGUCAGGGAUUCGUUAGCUGUGAUCUGCCAUGUAUAAUCUAGUUGAGAUUCCUGCAUUGCAGGAGGUCGGUCGAACUCUCCAUUCUGUGAUUCCUUGUUAAGACUGAAUUCAGCUUAGGUAGCAGGCUGGGAAGGUUGUUGCAGGUCACAGUAUGUGUACUAGGCCAUCUGGAUUAACAGUUUGACACUAAAUCAGGCAGCUUCAUUACUCCCAACCUCUUCCUUGCCCUUUCUCCGUUGUCCUUGCAAAGUGUGUGUUCCACCAUCAGAGUUGUUGUAGGACUGGUUUCAUUGCUGCCUUCUUGCCGGUGAAAGUGGAAGCCUUUCACUGUCUCAGGCAAGCUCCUGUCCUUGCUUGCCCCCAACCUUGCGCCCGUCACUGAGAUCAGUUCAUUUGUCGGUUCCUCUCAACUUCACUCCGAAGAGCAAACUAAGGGCAUGUUCUGAUGUUGUAUUGCUUAAAAUGAUUUGUUGCUAUUUGGGGGAUGUGGGAAAAUAAGUUUUUAAAGUACAGCACUGUGUAUUAUUAUUUUUAAAAAGGUUCAAGUUUGCUGCUGGGGGGGGGAGAACCCUGAAAAUGGCAUUUUGUUAAAUUUUAGGCUUUUGGGUUUUUUUAAAACUCAGUACAUGGCCCUCUUAACAAAAGCAGUGAAUCAAAGCCUGUUUCUCUAUUCAGUAACAUAGGAAGAGCCCUAGUCUAGCAUCCUGUUUGCCUCAGUGACCAACCAGGUGUGUUUAGGAAUCCCACAAGCUGAACAUAAGGUCAGUGAGACAGCAUAGGGGAAAUAUUUCACUUCUGAGGCAAGCAUUACAAAUAGUCUAUGUAGGUUAAGGUGUGAUAGGAUGAAAUCACUGUUCUCUCUCCUGACCCCUGUUUAGAGUGAUAAGCUACAUAAAUUCCAUGCCUGGAACCUGCCUUGUGAUGCUGAACCUUUGGGAAGGUUUGCGACACUCUUAACAACGCUGUAACAUGCAGCUCUGUCUCUCUAGUUCCUCUGCUUAGCUGUGUAGGAGCUUCAAGGGGAAAAGUGAGAGUCCUGUUAAAUAAUCAUGGGUGUGUAUGUGUUGGGUGGAAAGGGACUCAUUUAAUCCUAAACAAUCCCUGACAGAUGUUGCUAAUCCUAUUUAUGGAUGGGGGUUGGCUGUUCAGAUAUAUUUGUCCAGGUGAACUGUGAUGGAAAGAGACUUAGGUCAAUUGCAAAAAAAAAAAUUAGAAAUUAGUUAACAGUUAUGAAACAUAGAUUUAACAACUGUGAUUAGUUUGUCGCCAGCAAUGUUAUGCAAAUAUGUGUCGUCGGUAUUCAAGUGGUUGAAUAGUACUUGGCUUUUUAAUUGGAACCCAAGGGGAUAGCUCAGUGAAUUUAAACAAAGUCCAUAGCAACAGUUCCUUUAGCUUGUAAAUGUGAUCGUGAUUUUGAGAAGGGAGUAAGCUGUUCUUCAAUAAGCUUUGGUUCUCCUCAUUGGCCUAGCUCCCAGGUGACUUAGGCUAGCAGGUGCUAGAGAGAGGAGGGCCUUAUCAGUGGUGGCUCCUACCUUGUAAGAAUUCCCUCCCAAGAGACAGACGUCUGAAAAUGUAUCUCUUCUCUGGUUUUUAACCCAAAGGUGGUAUUGUAUAUGCUGCUGGUGGUUUCUCAUUGUCCUUCUCUUAGGUUUGCUGGGCUUAGUUAUAUUUUAAAUUACAUUUUUCUGUAACUGAGCAUUUUGAACUGGUUGUUUUAACAUGCUAUGUGGAUGGCAGGGCUGUGGUUUUUAAAAAGCCCUUUUUAAUGGGGUAGUAUAUUGUUGCAUGUUGUCUUUGGGAGACUAGACUUGAAAGUCAGUUUUGAAAUAUCUGAAAAUAAGUAAAUGGGGUGGGGUUACCUGAGCUCCUGUAAAACUGGGGAGCAUGGAGCCCCAUCCUGUGUUUGCUGCCAGGUGUUGCAGUUGAAAGUGUGGGGCGUUGUCUGCUUGAAGGCAUUCCUGGCUUCAUGGCAUGUUUGACCCAGGGAAGUCAAACUUCCACUCUCCUUUUCACCUGGAAAAGGUUCCCAGGUGGCUCACAGUGAUCACUAGUAAAUCUGUCUGUGUCUUUAGGCUAGCAAUCUAAAAGAUACAGUGCAAAAGAGAUCGGGGGGGGGCGUUCAUGGGGUGGUCACCCCACCCAGUUUCACUUCUCAGUCCAGCCUGGGUGCUCCUCUUUGUGACCAUAGGAGAUGUCUCUACUCCACUUGAAUGGGCUGCUCUGAAAUAGAAGUGCCUCUCCCCAUGCUUGUAGGGUCUGUACAGGAAAGAGCUUGUUGUCAAGUGGCUGUCGAUCGAUGGGGAAGGAUGGAGUUGGGACUAUUGAGCUUUCGUCCUCUUACUCUCCCCAAACCUCUUCCCAACAGUGGCACGUUUCGCAGGGAGCCAGGAGGAACCAUCGUACUCAAUGACCUUACAGCGCAAUGUCAGAUCGUUUGGGGCAAACAGCAAAGGGGAAGGAUGGAAAAAAGUAUUCGUCACUCAACUUGUUUGAUACAUACAAGGGCAAAUCCUUAGAAACACAGAAACCCACAGGUAAAAUGACCUCUGUGUUUGGGGGGGGGGGGAGGGCAAGUAUUUUCUUCUGAGUGCUAUUCUCAAAGGAGGAGGCGGUUGCCAUGAUGAAUGUGCUUAGUCUCUGAUGCCCCCUUGAUGGCACUCGCAGCGCCCUGAGCAGCUGCUCCCUCCUUGAGUACAUCUGAAACUACCAAUUUGGGACUUGGCAAGAAAGCUCUUGGUAGUUGCAGCAGUUCAUGGGAGGGGUGGGGUCGGUAAGGGAAGCUUUGCUGGGGGAGGUGGGAGAGGGCGGAGCUUUCGAGGACUGUGCCUGACCCCGCCUCCUCCUUCCCCUACAGUUACUCCCCGCCAUGGCUUGCAGAGUCUCGGUAAAGUUGCCAUUGCCCGGCGCAUGCCACCCCCUGCAAAUCUGCCAAGCUUAAAAGCGGAGAACAAAGGCAAUGACCCCAACGUCUCACUAGUGCCGAAAGACGGGACAGGAUGGGCAAGCAAGCAGGAACAGCCAGACCCAAAGAGGUAAGAGGGAGCCAGAGGGGCGCAGACGCUGCUUUUCCGGGGGGUGGGGAGGAGGAAGGCACGUUCACCACCAACCUUUCCUUCAACGGGCGUCUUCAUUCCUCCCGUCUCCAGUACCGAUGCCUCGACAGCUCAGCCGCCGGAAUCGCAGUCGCCGCCGGCUUCACAGACGUCUGCCUCAAACCCACCGAAACGACCCCCAACAGCCCCCGAGGUAAAUCCAGGGCAAGAACUGGGGUGCGGCAGGCUCCCAAUCAGAAGCUCUCCUCUUCUGGACAGUCGUGUGGAUCAGCUUCCAGCCUAACAGAUCAUAACGCUUUUUCUGCAAAGAGCCACGGUUUCCUAGCUCCAGUCCCUUCUCCCCUCUGUUUGGCCCCAGCAAAAGCACCAGUUCUCUCCCUAUUUAAUCGCCAUUCAGUCCAUGCAUGGGUGCAGUCCUACCAGGAGGCAGGAGCUUAUCAGAAGAAGGACUCUUUCAGGACUGGCUAAGAAGCACCUCCUAUCUUUCCUCUUAGAAACAGCCUUUCUCCUGCUUCCAGAUUGCAGUUUCUGGCAUGGAUGUGCUAUAGUUCCUAACUGAUGGUCCAGAUUUUGCAUGGUUUUUUUUUUUUUUUUUUUGGUUUUUUUCCUGGCAUCAAAGCUUUUGCAGAAAGUUGGGCUUUAUUGUCGCUCACUCUGUGACUGUUUGGGACAUUGUGUUAAACUAUGGCUUAGCAUUACAUGCCCAAGCCUCUGGAUCACGUGCUUCCUUCUCCUCCUCCAGCACGGCUGUCAUGAGAUUCUGGAAGCCUGCAGUUGAGUGUUCAAGCUUAGUGAGACGAAGCGUUAGUCACAGUUUUGGGUGCAGAUCUAACAUUACCCGUGCCUUAUGAAAACAAGCUAGAAUCAUGAGACUGUUUGAAGUUGCCUUGUUUCCCUAAAACAUUGCUAAGACUAAUCACCGUUUGUCUGGGUUUGGGCAUAGCGGGUAACUGUGUAUAACAAAAGCUUCUAGCCUCAGUUGUGGGCACAAUAGAAGAGGGAGAAGGUUGCUCAUGAGUCCAAGGCCUGCUCAUUAAUCCAGGGGUUGGGAAACUCGGCUUCUUUCCGUCUGCUUUGUCCUCCUUUCUCUUGGGGAGAGUGAGACCAGGCACAUUUGCAAGUCAGCUUAGAGGCCCAGCCGCUGAGUGUGGCAGCUGAGACAUGGUUUGGCCUCGGGGCUUGAGCGUGCCUGCCAGACUCUUCUCUCCUUCUAGUGUGGCUGCAUCACUGCAGACCAGAUGAAACCAGACUUCAGUUGAGUCAGAGCAGACAGGACUGAACCAGCCCAGAGGCCUCCCCAGCCCUGCUUUAAACCAUAGUCUAGUGCUAUAUCAAAACAAAACCCAUGUUAACUGCACAGCAAGGGGCAGGGCUGCCCUAUAACUCCCUAGCCAACCUUGCUACUUUCUAGAACAGGAGAAGUCAGUGUGCCCCCAGAUGCUGUUUAGCUCCAGCUCUCAUCAGCCCUAACCAUCACUGUAAAUAGUUCAGGAUGAUAGACAUUCUGGAGGGCACUGUGUUGGCUGCCCCUAUUCUAAAGGCAUUUGAGCCAUGCUUGGGUUGCUUUGUGGGACGCGGGUGGCACUGUGGGUUAAAACCACAGAGCCUAGGACUUGCCGAUCAGAAGGUCGGCGGUUCGAAUCCCCACGAUGGGGUGAGCUCCCGUUGCUCGGUCCCUGCUCCGGCCAACCUAGCAGUUCGAAAGCAUGUCUAAGUGCAAGUAGAUAAAUAGGAACCACUCCGGCGGGAAGGAAAAUGGCGUUUCCGUGCACUGCUCUGAUUCACCAGAAGCAGCGUAGUCAUGCUGGCCACAUGACCCGGAAUCUGUACACCUGCUCCCUUGGCCAAUAAAACGAAAUGAGCGCCGCAACCCCAGAGUCGGCCAUGACUGGACCUAAAUGGUCAGGGGUCCCUCUACCUUUACCUUUACCUUUACCCAGGUUGAUUUAACCGUGAGAUUUGUGGGUUUUUUCUUAAUGAAUCAACGUGAACCUUUAGAUUGUGUCAGUUUUGGAGAUCGCUUGACAAAAGGACGCUGGCAAAAAGGUCAGUCGGUUUUGACUUCCCACCCCACCUCUUGUUUCAGAAUCCCCCUACAGUAGCAAGCGGGGCAAAGUCUUGGGCGCAGGCCAGCGUUACCCAUGGAGCGCAAGGAGAUGGUAAGCUGUCUUCCAACUAAUUUUGUGUGAAGCUAGGACCUCAGACUUUUGGAGAGAUGAGAAUCUGUAUGUUUCUGCUCCCACCACCAUUUAUUUUAUUAUUAAAAAAUUUAUAACAGCAUAUAUAUUUUUUGCUGCCACUCCUAAAACAUUGUACAUCAAACUUCUUGGAAAGACCAGCAGAGAAAGCUGCACGUGUAUUUCCCUGGAGAAGGGUAUUCCAGAGAUAUGGGGCCACCAACAAAAAGGCCCAACUCCUGGUGCUCAACGCUCUGGUGUGCUGCCAUCGCCCCAGAUGUGUUAGAGGCCCUUGUAAAGGACCCACCUGGGCUUUCUUUCUCUGAUGUCAAGGUGGAAAGGGAUCAAGCCUACUGUCGCGAUUCUCUCGCGAGGAAUUUCCGACCCUGCAGGCGGCUGGCGACCAGGACAAAGCUGGCAAAGAAAAGGACACUACCGAUGCGUCGUAUGGGCCCGGACCAAACCUCCGCCCCCAGAGUGAGUGGUUUUUCUCAAGCGUCUGUUGCUUCUGGGCCCCAGAGCAAGCUGGGAGUGGGGGGGGGCAUUGUCAUUAUCCACCGUUGCCAGAAGAUUUUCUCCUCCUUCACUUGGGGACAUCUAAUGAAGCUUAUUAUUAUUAUUAUUAUUAUUAUUACCCCAGCCAGAGCCGGGCUCAGGGCUGCUAACGACAGUAAAAUUACAGUAAAAACGUAAUAGGGGGAAAAAACCAAUUUAAAAUACGGGUUAAAAUGCAGCCUCAUCAAAACCGUAAGGGGAGGGAAACAAGGGUCAGACUGAGUCCAAACCAAAGGCCAGGCGGAACAGCUCUGUCUGGCCCUGCGGAAAGAUGUCAAGUCCCGCAGGGCCCUAGUCUCUUGUGACAGAGCGUUCCACCAAGUCGGGGCCAGUACUGCAAAGGCCCUGGCCCUAGUUGAGACCAACCUAACCACCUUGCGACCUGGGACCUCCAAAAUGUUGUCAUUUGUGGACCUUAAGGUCCUUUGCGGGGCAUACCAGGAGAGGCGGUCCUGUGGGGAGGAAGGGGGAAGACAGACAAAAAAAGCCCUUCACAUAUCACAUAGUUAAAAAUGGGUGGGGGUCAAGGCUACUAGCCACUAUGGCCACAUGGAGAUAGGCUUCUCUGUUGGAGGCAGUCUGUCUCUGAAUGCCAGUUGCUUUGGGGUGGAGGGAGGUAUUGCACCCAGGUUCUGCUUUCAGGAUUUCCAUGGGCUUUAUAUUAUCUGGUUGGCCCCUGUAAGAGCAGGAUGUUGGCCACUGGCCUGAUCCAGCCAGACACAUCUUCCGUUCUUAACUUCUCUUCCGCCCAAUCUCUUGCAGACGCUACCAGUUGGCGGGAUGGAGGUGGGCGGGGCACUGACGGGGAGCUGGUGCCCGAGGACGGACGGGCUGGGGUUGGCCUGCAGCCCAACAUCCCGCCUCAGUUCCCUCCCUACCGGGGGAUGAUGCCGCCAUUUGUAAGUAUAUUGCGGAAGAGGAGGUGCCAAGUUACUUUGGCCACCUGCUUCCUUGUUUGAGGGCAGGGGAAACGGAAGAGAGAGGGGAAACUUUCCAGUAACCAAUUUCUCCCCUACCCCAUCUCAGAUGUAUCCCCCGUACCUCCCGUUCCCACCUCCAUAUGGGCCGCAGGGACCUUACCGCUACCCCACACCAGAGGCGCAGAGGUAAGGGGUUUUUUGAAUUUAAAAAAUAAUAAUGUGAUAAUGGCAAGUGAUCUUUGUGGCAGAAGGGGAAAGUAUAUAGAGGACCAGGAACAGGAGCAAGUGAGGGGAACUGCAGGAGAUUGCAGUCAGCUCUUCGUAACUGGAGCCAGAUGUUUUGGGUUCCUUGUACAGUCGUACCUGGGAAGUCAAACAGAAUCCGUUCUGGAAGUCUGUUCGACUUCUGAAACAUUUUGAAGCCCCAUCAGAUGUUCAGCUUCCAAAAAUAGUUCACAGACCAGAACACUCACUUCCAGAUUUGCAGCGUUUAGGAGCCAAAAUGUUCGAGAACUAAGCUUGUAAUUGAGCAGGUGGACAACAAAGGGAAAGUGUGUGGUUGGAGUCUCUUUGGGCCGAUCGGAUCAAUCAGAAGCUGGAGGGAGCAGGAAGUGGCAUCUGUGAAAUAGUGGAGGAUAUAGAGGGGCAACUUUCCCUUCUCUGCUCCCACCAUGCUCACACAUGGAAGAGAAUUCCUCUAUAGUCGUACCUCAAGUUAAGAACUUAAUUCAUUUUGGAGGUACGUUCUUAACCUGAAACUGUUCUUAACCUGAGGUACCACUUUAGCUAAUGGGGCCUCCCGCUGCCGCCGUACGAUUUCUGUUCUCAUCCUGAAGCAAAGUUCUUAACCCGAGGUACUAUUUCUGGGUUAGCGGAGUCUGUAACCUGAAGCGUAUGUAACCCAAGGUACCACUGUAUAGACUUCCUGUUGCACCAUCAGAAGCUGACACUGAAUCAGUAGAAUUCAAGACUGUCUCCUGAUUUCUCUGCAGCCUGGGAUACAAAUAUGGCCUGGAGGCCGGUGCACCACAAAACCCUAAUCUUCAUGCCUUCUCUCUGACUCCAUGUAGGAAAAGACUGGCUGUUACACAAGGGAAGGCAGAUACUACUUCGUAGUACAGUGGUACCUCAGGUUACAUACGCUUCAGGUUACAGACUUCGCUAACCCAGAAAUAGUACCUCGGGUUAAGAACUUGGCUUCAGGAUGAGAACAGAAAUCGUGCUCCGGCGGCGCGGCAGCAGCAGGAAGCCCCAUUAGCUAAAGUGGUGCUUCAGGUUAAGAACAGUUUUAGGUUAAGAACGGACCUCCGGAAUGAAUUAAGUACUUAACCCGAGGUACUAGUACUUGAUCCUUUGGUCCCCUUAGUGCAGGGGCAGGGAAUCUGUAGCUCUCCAGUAUUUCCUGGCAUGGCUGGUGUUGAGGAAUGGUGGGAGUUUUGGUCCUUCAGCGCCUGGAGUGCUACACUGCACUGCUCUGCUGGGGUUAGAGCAACGUUAUUAUUUAGAUCAGCAGCAAGGAAAGUCAGAGGUGUGACGUUUCUGUUGAUCUCCAUCAUCUCCAGGUUCCAGCGGCUUCCAGGACCCCGCCCUUCGCAGCCUGCAGCGCGCGUGUCAGAGCCUGUGAGCCGGCCCCCCGUCCUCAAGCAGGAUGACCUGAAAGAAUUUGAUGAGCUGGACCAGGAGAAUGAUGAAGGCUGGGCAGGUAAUGGAAGAGCCUAUGCACAGAGCUACCCACAGGAGCUGGGACUCUUGGAAGAGUUUCUUGUUAUUGGAUCUGUCAAUCAAAAGACAUCCUAUUUGUCUCCCACAGGAGCCCACGAAGAAGUGGACUACACUGAGAAGCUGAAAUUCAGCGAUGAAGAGGACGGGAAAGAGUCUGAUGAAGAAACCACUGAGAACCGGUAAGAUUAGGCAGUGGUAUGGCCAAUAACCGCGUUUGUUCCAUGCAGCUGUCACAAAGCAUGUUGGUUUUGUGAGACGGGUGACCCCCCCGCCCCCCAGGUGCCUGCUUCUGAGCUGCAGCCCUGAGCCACAUGGGAUCAUCUUACAGAAAAGUCAUUCUUGCCUGGCUGCAGCUACAUCACAAAAAUACCUGCUCGCUCCCUGCCCCCCGCCAGCUCUGAGCAGAAGGUGCAGGAUCCAAGUGGCCCCAUUUGACACCUCUCUCUUCACCUCUGUCCCCAAGCAUUGAUGAGGCUUCCGGCCCAGAAAGCCAGUCGUCGGGCACAGACACCAAGAAGGCUGGAACUCCAAAAGAGGAUCAACCCCUCGUCAAAGCAGCCUGGGCCGAAAACGCACGUCCCCCAGAAGGUGGCAAAGAACCGCCACCACCUGCCGCUGCAGUCCGGGCACCGCCACCUCCGCCGCCGCCACCCCCCAACCGGGGCAACUGGGGGCAACCCAAUGACUUCCCGGUGAGUAUAUGCAGGCUACAAGUCCUGCUUGAGAGCGCCUGCGGUUGGCAGCUGCUAUUCAGGCGGGCCAAAGUGUGGAGAACCCAGGUCUCCUCAUUCAAGGGGCGUACAUUAGAUUGCAUUGGGUUUCCAGGUAAACCAGUGAAACGAAUGUCAGUGUGGUGAAGUGGUUAAGAGCGGUAGACUCGUAAUCUGGUGAACCGGGUUUGCGUCUCCGCUCCUCCACAUGCAGCUGCUGGGUGACCUUGGGCCAGUCACACUUCUCCGAAGUCUCUCAGCCCCACUCACCUCACAGAGUGUUUGUUGUGGGGGAAGAAGGGAAAGGAGUCGCUUUGAGACUCCUUCGGGUAGUGAUAAAGCGGGAUAUCAAAUCCAAACUCCUCUUCUCUUCUUCUUGUAAAAAUAGAAGACUUCCUUAGCCGGAACAACGCACGUUGACAUCGUUAUUUUGAUUUAUGCUCUGCUUUUCGGCUAAAAUAAAAUAGGCAUUUGGGUGGCACUAGGCAUUAGCCCACUCUAUCUCAGCUUUAACUAGAACUUCCACGCUGGAGUUAUUGAAGGGAUGAAGCCGUGAAGGAACAGAGCAGCUUCCAUGCGGAUGUUUCGAUACUUGGAUUUGGGCCUUUGGGCUUCUUAGUGAGGGAACACGGGUGUGAGCAGGGACAAACUCUGCUCUCCUCGAGGGUUUUUGGGAGUUGAGCUUCCAGCUCAGGUUUCCUUCCGGCAGAACAGCUUUGAGCGAGGGAUUCUCUCUCUUUGCCAUCCAGGACCGCUCACUGCGGCCGCUCCCCCCAGAAGACGAGGACGAAGCUUGGCGCCAGCGGCGGAAGCAGUCCUCCUCGGAGAUCUCUGCCGCGGUGGAGCGGGCCAGACGCCGGCGGGAAGAGGAGGAGCGGCGCAUGCAAGAGGAGCGGCGGGCGGCUUGCGCCGAGAAGCUCAAGCGCCUGGAUGAGAAGUUUGGAGCUCCCGACAAGCGCUUGAAGCCCGAGCCUCCCAAGGAGCCGCCGCCUCCCGUCAUUGUGGCUGCUCCUCCUCCCCCUCCCCCUCCAGCUCCCACCCCUGUGCCCCCCAACCCGCCGGCUGCCCCAGUCGCCCCUGAGGAGAAGAGGGAGAAAGAGGAGCCCGUGCUGGCCAGCAAACCUCACAGUGCUGUGGCGAGCAGCAGCGGCAGGAGCAGCUUGGACUCCUCCGGCGCUGGUAAACUUGGCUUUUAUUUUUGGUGUUCUUAUAUAGAUAUAUUCUAAGGUAGUUAGCAACCAAAGUGAAAAAUCAUCGGAUUGAAAAGUACAAUGAAACAACGGCAAGAAAUGAGAGGGGGAAAGCCCAAAGUAUGCAAUAAAAGGAAAACAGGAAGGCACCUUUGCCUGAUCUGCCUGCUGACAUGCCACAUUGCGUUUCUCAUGGCCAAAUGAUUCUAGGCCGAUGGUACAAAUCUCCCACUUUUUUUAUUUAUUGAAUUGCUGCGUUGCCCUCCCGCCCCAAAGGAGCCCAGUGCUGUGUGUUGCAGCGGCCAUUACACACAUGGCAAGCUGUCAGGUGAUGUUGCUGUCAUUUGAGUCAUAGGGACAUAGGAAGCUGUCGCGUCGUCUUCCUCCUGAGUUCUUACCAUUGGGUCCACCUAGUUCAGUACUGUAUUGGCAGCGGCUCUCCCAAGAUUUCAGCUGGGAGUGAGUCUGGGAUAAGCUAGGUGGCCCAAAGGCCUGACCUGGCGUCAGGCAGCAUCCCAUGUCCCUGGUAACAGGGUUCAUGCAGCAUGCCGACUUGCCUGCUGAUUUGCUGGGAUCUGUGGCCCCCUCAUGCGAUGCUCGACUCUGAGCUGCCAUCAUCCCUGACCAUAGGCCAGGCCAGAAAUUGGGAGCCCCAGUUUCCCUGUGGAGGGCUGCAGGCUCCCCACCCCGGGCUCCAGAGAUCAGCAAGGUUGAACCCAGAGUCCGCCUGCUGCCUCACAAAGCUUGCCUUUCUUUUGUUUGUGUCUUGUGCACGUCUGCAACAGCUGAGCCCGCUGUGGCUCCGCCUCCCAAGGAAGUCCCCGAAGUGCGGGAAGAGCCACCCACCUUGCCUGGUCCUGCUCUCCCGGCCGCUCCUGCCCCAGCCAAGGUGGAGCCCAAAGCCGAGACGGUCCUUCAGGCCCGCCAGCCGCCUCCGGCUCAGACCCUCAGCUAUUCCAAGUACCAGAAGUCAUUGCCUCCACGAUUCCAGCGACAGCAGCAGGUACGGGGGUGGAGGCAGGUGCUUGGGCUGGGCACUUGCUCCUAACAGGGGAAGGAUCAGUUGGGGUGGGGCCCGAGAUCAGGAAGCAACUUGGCUGAGGUUCCGUUGCAGUGAUGAGUCUUUAGACUAGAGUCUCUGACACCCCCUGAUGUCCUCGCAGCUACCUGAGCAACUCACAACUUCUCCAUCUAGCGACACACGCGUCGCAGGAAGUGGAGGUCUCUCAUUAGUGUGCUGUUGAGGUCACUCUCCUCUUUGCCCCCAACCCCCUUUUCAGGAGCAGUUACUGAAGCAGCAGCAGCAAUGGCAGCAGCAGCAGCAGCAACAACACAGCCAAGUCCAGUCCCCGAUGGCUUCCCCUUCCCAGCAGCAGGCAACAGGGGCUCCUCUGGCUGCCAUGGGGCCCUCAGGCAGUGUCCAUGCUCAGCCUGGGCCGGCAGGGCAGCAGCCACCCCCAGCCCCGCCUCCAGCACAGCAGGCCCCGCCCAAAGGCAUGUACCCCGGCUCCAUUGGAAGGCCGCCCCCCAUGCCGCAGAUGAACUUUGAUCCUCGGUGGAUGAUGAUUCCGCCUUACAUGGACCCACGUGUGAUGCAAGGGCGGCCCCCCAUAGACUUCUACCCCCCUGGGGUCCAUCCUUCCGGUAAGUAGAGCUGAAGAAAAGGAAGUCCAGGCUCGCCCAAGUGCAGUUGAGCAGGCAGCCUUUUAGAAGACUGUCAGAGCCGGUAGGCCUGACUCGCAACGGGUGUGUCUUCUGUUCACCCCUUAGGUCUCCUGCCCCGUGAGCGAUCAGACAGCGGGGGCUCCAGUUCAGAGCAGUUUGAACGCCAUCCUUCGAUCCUCCGAGAGCGUGGCACUCCGCCGGUUGAUCCCAAGCUGGCCUGGGCUGGAGAUGUCUUCACCAAUGCCCCUUCCGGUGCAGACUCGAGGUCUCAAACGGCAUCCCUUCGGCAGCAGGAAGAGGAAGAGAAGGGCUUACGGUGAGCAAACGUCUGUUGGGUAGGCCGGGAGCAAGAUCUUGCAGCGGGGGGAGGCUGAGGUUGUCCCAUGUUCGUUUUAAAGGUCCUUUUGUUAUUGGAACCACGUAGCAAGUCAUGGAGUUGAGGACCUUACAGUUUCUUGACUGCUGUAAUGAGAGUGGGAUGGGCUCACUGUCUUGUGUCCUAUCCCUAGCGGUUGAGGGUCUCCUGCCACUUGUGGCAGUUUGGAGUGACAGCUGACACUGCUUGGGGUCGUCAGUGGGUGGCCCCAGAAUAGAGGACCUUUCAAUCACCCUUGCUCUCCUUCCUUUAGGAGCGAGACCCCUCCGGUUCGCCUGCGUGAGGCCAUCACUCCCCAGCCCUACAUGGGAAACUACCAGGGUUUCUCUGAAAACGGCAACCCUGCCUCAAUGCACCGCUUCCCCGUGGAUGAGCCACCGCGAGCGGGUCCCCCUUGGCAGGCCACCAUGGCUCUGACGGCACCCACAGAGGUGAGCAGAAACGGGCGCCCUGAGCCACCGGUCCAGCUGCCCCGCAAGAGCGAGGAGGAGCCCCAGCUGCUGCACCGGGACCCCCCAGAAGAGAUCAAGACUGUUGAGCCUCCCAUCAUUCGGCCAGUGGUGGCUAAGAAGCCUCCCUCGGAGCAGCCGAAGGAGGAGCCUCUGGUCAAAGAGGAGGUCCUGCGGCGGAUGGAGAAGCCCCCGCGGCAACAGCAUGAAUUCCACAAGCAGCCGCGGCGCGAGUCCAAGACGGAGACGCGCUGGGGGCCCCGUCCCGGCAGCAGCCGGAGGAUUGAGGAGAUUUCUGGGGACAAGGCCCCACGGCGAGCCGGGCCCAUCAAGAAGCCGCCGCCUCCCCCUAAGGAGGCAAAAGACGAAAGCGAGGAGAUGCGCUCCGCUGGGAAGGCCAAAGAGGGGGCCGAGGCAGCGGGCAGCAAACCCGAGCUCCCUAAAGAGCCUCCGAAAGCGGGCAAGGAGAACAAGGCCAAGCCGGUGGUGAACGGCGGAACAGUGAUGCCACCCAAAGAGCAGCAGCACACUGGCACACUGUCGCCAAGCCGGCGGCGCCGGGAGCCCCCCUACGAGCGUGGCGGCUACGCCGGCCGGGGGCGGGCCAGGGGCCGAGGAGAGUACUUUGCCCGAGGGCGAGGUUUCCGGGGUGCCUAUAGCGGGCGCGGGAGAGGGGGGCGCGGGAGAAGCCGGGAGUUCCGCAGCUACCGCGAACCCUUCUACCGGCUGGAUGACGGCGUGGGCAAAGCGGCCGGGCCAGGCUCCACCUUCCGCCCGCGCAACGCCAGCGAGACACGCAGCGAAGGCUCGGAGUACGAAGAGAUACCCAAGCGGCGGCGCCAGCGGGGCUCCGAGACGGGCAGCGAGACGCACGAGAGCGCCAGCGACGUGGCCCACUCGGACAAGGAGGUGACCAAGGAGCCGGCCCCCAGCCAUCGCAGCCGGGCCCCUCCUGUGACUUCUGCCAUGGCCCCCUCCUCCCAGCACCCUGGCUUGCCUCGCUUUGCCGACAAGCUGCCUCCGCGCCUCUCAGACCCUGGCACCCGUGGCGGGCGUGUCUUCACCCCUCGCGGCGUUCCCUCACGCCGGGGCCGAGGUGGUGGCCGUGCGCCCCCUGGGGGGUGGAGCCCUCCUUCCAAGCCCCAGCCCAAUAAGAAGCCCGAUAAGCAGCAAGAGGCGGUUCUGGAGCCGUCGGGCAAAGAGAAGGCGCCAUCAGGCCCUCCAGCGAUGGCCCCUGAAGAAUCCGGGGGUUUCCAGGCCCCCUUAAAGCAGCAGCCACCUCCGCCGCCUCUUGGCCCUGGCUCGGACCGUGGCUUUGACCGGCCACCCCGGCGCCGGCGCCACGGGCGUUCGCAGCAGCAGGACAAGCCGCCCCGGUUCCGGAGGCUGAAGCAGGAGCGCGAGAACGCGGCCCGACUCAACGGCGAGCAGAGGGCCGGCCAACCGUUCUCCCCAGCGCCUGCCGCCCCACUCCCCGAGGAAUCGGCUGCCCGGCGCGUGGCUGGCACAAAAUCUCCCGACUUGUCCAACCAGAACUCGGACCAGGCGAAUGAGGAGUGGGAGACGGCUUCGGAGAGCAGCGACUUCACAGAGCGCCGGGGCGGCGGGGAGAAGGAACCGGCGCCUGGCGGGCCUCCCCCCACCGCCUUCCUCAAAGGUGGCUGCUCUGGGGCCCCUUCGGUGGGCGGGCGGCCCUCCAACAACGAGCUCAGCUUAGCCCAGAGGAAGGAGAUGUCCAAACGCAGCUUCUCCAGCCAGAGGCCUGGCAUGGACCGGCAGAACCGACGCUCCAACCCUGGCCCAGGAGGAGGAGGCAAGGCUGGCCGCGGAGGGAGUGGUGGUGGGCGCAGCGGAGGGGACAAGAGGAGCUGGCCCUCUCCCAAGAAUCGCAGGCAAGUACUCGGAGGAGAAAGCCCAAAAGAUGGAGGGGGGCAGGGGGUUGGUAGACAAAACUGGAAUGGCAGAGAGCUAGAGAGAAAUAAGAUGGAAAAGAAAACACAGGUGGCAUUUGGCUUAUAAUAAUAACAGUUUACUUAUAUCCCGCCCUCCCCAGCCAAAGCCAGGCUCAGAGCAGCUAACAACAGCAAGACUAGCACAGUUUACAUAAAAUCACAGUCAAUUGAAAUACAUUCUAAAAUCAAUUCAUAAUCAAAUUAAUUGCAACCAUUGGGCUAGAGUUCUGUGAAGAAUUACCAAAAGAGGGGGUCAGGCUGUGCCUUGGCAAAAGUCCUGGUGGUUCAGCUCUGUCUUGCAGGCUCUGAGGAAAGAUGUCAAGUCCCGCAGGGCCCUAGUUUCUUGUGACAGGGUGUUCCACCAGAUCGGGGCCACGGCCGAAAAAGCCCUGGCUCUGGUUGAGGCCAGCCUAACCUCCCUGUGGCCCGGGAUCUCCAAGAUGUUUUUAUUUGAAGACCGUAAGGUCCUCCGUGGGACAUACCAGGAGAGGCGGUCCUGUAGGUACGAGGGUCCUAGGCCGUAUAGGACUUUAAAGGUUAAAGCCAGCACCUUAAACCUGAUCCUCUACUCCACCGGGAGCCAGUGCAGCUGGUAUAGCACCGGGUGAAUGUGAUCCCGCAGCGAGGACCCCAUAAGGAGCCUUGCCGCGGCAUUCUGCACCCGCUGGAGUUUCUGGGUCAGUCUCAAGGGCAGCCCCACAUAGAGUGCUAUGUGAAGUAUUAUUUCACCCAACAAAGUCCACCUUUGCAAUGUGACUUUCCUCCGCCUAACUUUCCUGUUCCUCCAAACCUCCAGAGUAGAUAUAGGGAUUGGGGAGUCACGACAAGUGAGUUGGCCUCGUUCUAUGCGUGCAAAAACUUCCGUAUAUUCUGUCCCUUGUUUCCCUUUUCCGGUAGUAUUCUUUUAAAGCAUAUUUGUGGAACGUUAUGCCCCACUGUCAUUUGGCCACAAAAGUUAAUGAAUCUUCAGCCCCUUAGUGGUAAAAAACAGAGGAAGGAAUCUAGUUUGACCAUGGGAAGUUGGGAACAGACAGAAGACAGGGCAGUCCUACAUAAGUUCCGUAAGUGAAAUGGUCACCAUCAAAAACUGGGAAUUUUGAAGAUGACUUGUUGAUGGAGAGGGAGGGAGAACCAGCCAAGGAAAUCCCCGGUCCGCUGCCAUAAUGUUUCCUGCUUCCUGCUCCUCCUCUAGCCGGAACACCGAUGACCACUCUCCGGGCCUGAGCCUUCCCCCAGCACCCACCACCAGCACAGUGUAUCGUUUGGACCGCGUCAUCCACAGCGACCCAGCUGGCAUCCAGCAGGCUCUGGCUGAACUGGGCAGCCGCCACACAAAGCCAGCCUCCCCUGGCCCUGCCCAGCCUCCCUUCCUGGGGCCUGGGGGCAGCAACUCCUCUGCCCUCCCACUGCGACGCUUCGAGAGUAGGAACAGUGGCAGCGCAGGUAAUGGGCAGAGUCUGUGCUUCGUAACCAGGGGAUCCGGAUUUCUUUGUCUUGGAAGAGAUUAAAUUCAUUCAUCUUUCCGUCUAUUAGACGCCCCCUAUUUUGGGGGGCUCUGAUUAAGAAAAUGGGAGGAGAUGUAUCCAUGUAUAAGACGCUCCCAAAUUUUUGACAUUAUUUUUAAGGGGGGGGAACCUAGUAGUACCUUGGGUUACAGACGCUUCAGGUUGCAGACUCGGCUAACCCAGAAAUAGUACCUCGGGUUAAGAACUUUGCUUCAGGAUGAGAACAGAAAUCGCAGGGCGCCAGCGGGAGGCCCCAUUAGCUAAAGUGGCACCUCAGGUUAAGAAUGGACCUCCACAACGAAUUAAGUUCUUAACCUGAGGUACCACUGUACACAGAAGAAUACGGUAAUUUGCCAUUGGUCAUUAUCUUACUUGGCUCAGUUGACGAGUGUGAUGGGACACAUGACCAGUAUCUGUGCUGAGUGCCUUAAUCAGCUCUUCCAUUGCUCCAGGGGGCUGCAGUUAUUUCAGGAUGCCCGUCCCUCUCCCCACUCCCCCACAAGGGACUUUCUAGGAGCUAACAAGUUCUGCAGCGGCUCUCCCAAUGCACAAUACGGUCUUACAUUUCCAAAGCUAAGCAGGGCCCGGUAUGGUUUCAGAUUGGAUGGGGGGCUGCAUGUUGAAAUUCUUGCAUUGCAGCGGGUUAGGGUCCCUUCCAACUCUGAUUCUAAGAUCGGCUGCUAAUGGGCUUUGGCAGGUCUUGUUGAAGUGUAUUUCCAAGUGCUUCUGGUCUCGGCAGGGACCAGAUGCCUGCUCCUUCCCCACUGCAAUCCCAUUUUGCUGUUUGUUUCCAUCCCCCCCAAUUCAGACUCUUGCUUCCUGGACAAGAACCAGCUGCUUCUCUCCAGCAGUGCCCCAGUGAAGGAGUCCAGUGCAUUGGGUGGCUUUUCUGCAAAGCGCCGGGAAAGGCCCCGGAAGCAAGACCUACUCCAGCAGGUAAGCGAUUUUCUCUUUUUAUGUAAUCGCGUGGCAUGAAGCAGAAGGAAGGUUGCAACUGCAGCAGCUCAAAUACUCGUGGCCAAGGGAUGGAAAGAUCAGGAGGCUACAAAAAUAACAGAUUGGCAAAUUAAAUUACUGGAAUUUGUGGAGAUGGCUCAAUUGACUAGCAAACUCAGAGGAAACUCAAAGCAAAAAUUUGCAGAAAAAUUGGAUGGUUAUAGAAGAUAUGUUCAAAAAUACAAUAAUAAUUUUGACUCCGUGCUAGCAUUCGAGUGACGAAGUAAAAGGAGGUGGAUUGGAAAAUUUAUAUAGAAAGGUUUAUUGUUUUGUGUACAUUCAAUUGUAAGAUAAAACAUAUGCAAAGGGACUUGACGGGAAGUCAAAAUAUUUAUUUUCAUUAUUAUCAUUAGCAUUAUUUUCUUUUCUUUUUUUCUGUGUUCGUGCGGGUGUGUGUUUUGUAUGGAAUGUUUGGGAGGAAAUAAGAGGGUAAAUAACAAAUAACAAAAUAUUGAGGUAUGUAAUUUUUAUUUCUCAAUUAUAUUUUGUGGUAGUAUGGUUGUAAUGUUUUUGUAACAUAAAAUCAUUCAAUAAUAUUUUUUUUUAAAAAAAGGAUGGCUGCCCAGCUUCUCAAGGUCUCACGUACGUGUCUGUCCCCUGUCUCUCUCAGGAACCCAUUCCCUUCCCCAGCGGCCCUGGCUUCUCGGCCCCCAAAGAGGAGACCCCCGGUGAACCUCGCAGCAGGAGCGUUCCAGUGUCCGAGGGGCUCGCCCCACAGAUCUGGAACCAGCUGAAUUCCAGUGAGUGAUUGCAAGCAUGUGGAGAAGAAGGAAGGGCCCUGCUCCUGAGGCAGGCUGGGAAAUCAGAACUGGCAGCGAGAGGGAGCAGCUCUUGGGAUCAGGGGAGAGAGAGCAAACAUUCCUGGCUCAGAGGUGCCCCUGUGUUUUGUUUCAUCAGACUCCUCCCGAAAGAGCUACCGCCCUGCCUCUGUGGAGCCCUGGAUCGACCCUCUGAACGCCUUUGAAGAGGUUGCUAGUACAGAGGUGAGGUCCGUUGAGAUGGGAUGGAUCAGGCGCAUGCUCUGCAGAGGCUUCCUUUCCAGGGCAGAGCUGGGAUUUGCCAAUGAGGGAGCUUUCCGAGCACAAUUCAAAGUGUUGGUGCUGACCUUCAAAGCCCUAAAUGGCCUCGGUCCUGUAUACCUGAAGGAGCGUCUCCACCCCCAUCGUUCUGCCCAGACACUGAGGGCCUUCUGGCGGUUCCCUCGCUGCGAGAAGCCAAGUUACAGGGAACCAGGCAGAGGGCCUUCUCGGUAGUGGCACCCGCCCUGUGGAACACCCUCCCACCAGAUGUCAAAGAGAAAAACAGCUACCAGACUUUUAGAAGACAUCUGAAGGCAGCCCUGUUUAGGGAAGCUUUUAAUAUUUAUUAACACUUGAUUGGGAGCUGCCCAGUGGCUGGGGAAACUCAGCCAGAUGGGCGGGGUAUAAAUAAUAAAUUGUUAUUAUUAUUUUCUGUCCCCUAACCCUGUUUGCUGACUCUGCUUUGCCCCUUGCCCAGAUGAGCCUGUCUGACAGCGGGGUGGACCUCAGCAGCGACUCACAGGUCUCCUCGGCCACCUGCAGCCAGCGCAGCUCUCCCGACGGGGGUCUGAAGGCCACACCAGAUGCUGGGGCCAAGCGCAGCGGAGCCAUCGGCAAAAGCACCGAGGAUGCAGCCGCUGCCGCUGCUGCAGCCGGACCGGAAGGAGCAGAGCCAAAAGAGCAGAGGAGGCGGCCCCCGCCAUCCAGAGACUCCAGUCUGCUGAAGGACAAGAAGGUACACAAGUAGCUCUGGUGUGUCGCCACAUCUUCAGUCAGCACUGAUAUAAAGCAUGCAGCUGCAUUGGUUUCCUUAAUGCAGCGGUAGCCAAACUCGGCCCUCCAGCUGUUUUGGGACUACGACUCCCAUCAUCCCUAGCUAACAGGAUCAGUGGUCAGGGAUGAUGGGAAUUGUAGUCCCAAAACAUCUGGAGGGCUGAGUUUGGCCACCACUGCCUUAAUGGUUUCCUUUACUGGAUUGGUUCCACCCCACCUUGUUUUACUGAAACAGCUCUCCCAAAGGCUUCUGGUGUGUGUGUGUGUGUGUGUGUGUGUUUUGUGCUGACUGACGUGUCCUCUUUUGGCUCUUCCACUGCCCUUCCCGUGAUUGCCACCUCUUGACACAGUUAAUUCUCCCAUCCUGAUUUGGCUUCUGAAAUCGCCUCUUCUCCUGAGUCAGCCACCUCAUUUCUCUCUUGAGCUCUUCUAGUCAUUUUUGCUCCAGUUAGGACUUGGUCCUCGGCCUCGGUUCGGCAUUACAAAUGGGGAUCUGUGAGAAAUGCAAGGCUGCUAGGAGGAUUCCCACCUUCCAAAGAUCCUUUUAGCAGCAAAGAAAGCAUCGCCCCUUUACAGCCACAACAGCUGCAUCCUGCUCCACUUUCCCACAACAGCUUCCCCUGCCCUCUUCUUGCUAGAAAGGAGUCCACAUGUUGGUGGUUUCAAGGAAUCUUGGUGUGGGGUGCAUUGGUAUCCAACACGGACCGUGCACCCCAAGUUCUUCUUGGGAUUCUUUCAGGCAACUUCUCUUUCUCUUUCUGAAAGUAUAUUCAGGAGGGGUAGCAGGAUUGAAGAACAUGCAGGUCUCUGCGGUUAAAUUUUUAUCCAAGCAAAACUACCCCAGGCUCUUCACCAGAUUGAAUUCCAUUAUAUACAUAAAUCAUUUUCACAUUUUCUCCUAAUCUUGGGGAACUGGCAACAAUCCAGGCAGGGAAUGUACACUUCCACCCCCUGAAAUCCUGCACUGAUUUUGAAAAUAGUACCAGGCAUAAUAGGGAUGCGGGUGGCGCUGUGGGUUAAACCACAGAGCCUAGGACUUACCGAUCAGAAGGUCAGCGGUUCGAAUCCCCGCGACGGGCUGAGCUCCCGUUGCUCGGUCCCUGCUCCUGCCAACCUAGCAGUUCGAAAGCACGUCAAAGUGCAAGUAGAUAAAUAGGUACCGCUCCGGCGGGAAGGUAAACGGCGUUUCCGUGCGCUGCUCUGGUUCGCCAGAAGCGGCUUAGUCAUGCUGGCCACAUGACCCGGAAGCUGUACGCCGGCUCCCUCGGCCAAUAAAGCGAGAUGAGCGCCGCAACCCCAGAGUCGGUCAUGACUGGACCUAAUGGUCAGGGGUCCCCUUUACCUUACCAGGCAUAAUUCUCCCCCUUACAUACCUUCAUGCCUGUCUUUGCACUCAUAAAUAUGUGUUGUUGUUUUUUAAGUGCUUUCACUUCAGCUGCAAGCAUCAGUUGGUGCUAAAUAAAUGUGAAGUAACAGCCGCAGCAGUUCCGCUCAACCCCCUUCCCCCCCAAAAAAAACACCUCUGGAAAGUGAGCCUGGAUACUGCCCUCCGGCUAAACUGCUUGCCACCCCCAUGGUCUCAAAGGGCCCAUGAGUUUCACCACCCCUCCUCCUCCUCCUCCUCCUGCAACAGGUGAGCAACUCCCCUGAGCCGCUGCCCCGGGACCACCCUCCCCCUGGUGCUAUUGGCACAGAGCGUUCCCAGCGAGUGGAGAAAGCAAAAGACAACAGCGCAGAGGCUCUGGGUGCGAUGACGUCCGAGCCAAACCCCCAGCUCGAGUCCCCCGGGGCCUGCCCCCCCAUCCAGUUUGGCGCUAGCGAUAAGGUAAGUGCCAAGACGCAUGUGCCUUGCCAUCCCUUCUCGUCCGAGUGCCAGACUCAGAUUCCAACCCCCUCCCCUUGGUUUUCGCCCCCUUCAGGAUGCUGACCUUCGCUUCAUGGUGAACGAAGGGCCGAAGCCAGACAAAGAAGAGCUGCACCAGGGACUUGCCGAGGGGGUAAGUAGGGAAGCCGUGCCAGCACUGAUUUGGGGCUCCCUCUUCUCUUCCCACCCCACCCCCCUUGAGUUCAGCUUGGAGGGCUGCAAAAGAGCUUGGCUUUGCUAGCUGGGCAGUGGGUGACCUUGCAUUCCAGGAUUAAACUGGAUUCUCUUUUGAAAGGCCAGUCUUGGCCAGAUUCCUGGAUGGGAGCAGGGACAUCUCUCUCCCCCCUCGCUGUUGCUGCCCAUCAGUCCGCUGCAUAUUACUAAUAUUUCCCUCCCCUCCCCCUAACCUUUAUAAAGAUCUGAGGAAUGAGAUCAUUACCCCACCCUUACUUACCUUCCCAGGCCACCCAUCUGCGGCCACAUUGUUCUUUCUUUUAUCAGAUCAAAAUGAUCAAGACAACAGCAAAGGUUGCUAGGUUUAUCGAGGGUGCAGUGAGAUUAAGGGCCACUAUCUGAACGAUAAUCUUGGUCAUUUGAUUGCCCUUUCAACCCAUUGUUGUCUUUUUAAUUGUAUAUAUUGCUUGUUUUAUGUUGCUGUGGCCGUCGGCUAAUGCGAAUAAAGUUUAUCUAUCUAUUAUCCCCUCACCCUAAGGUGUCGGGGCGGGUUACAACAUGCACCCUUUUAAACCACGUAUUCCACGGAAGAUAAAAUCAGAAAAGAUACUGAUGUACAAGCGAUAUUGGGGCUUGAUUUCUGCAACCUGUUGUGCGUGGGAUUGCCCUUGGCAGUUUUCCCCAAAACCUCUGCAGGCUGAAAAUGUAGCUGUUAGACCUGGGUGGUACGGAAUAUAUUUUGCCGGAUUUACUGUCAUUGCGGUGCAGGGGGUUAAACUGUUAAUAUGAUUUCUCUAUUAGUAUAUGUCUGCACGUGGCAAGGUAGAGUUUAAAUCUGUACGAGGGAAUAAACAUUUGGUCCGUUUAGAAAGGAAGCCUAGAGCUUGGUUGCCUCCACUGACUCCCCUGCCUCCUCUCUCUCUGCAGCUGACCUCGGCCCCCAGGGAGUGGGAGCUGCUUCCGCCAGCACCUCCCAGCCACCGAGCUUCCCCCGAGGCGCCUCCUGGUCGCGGCUGCGAGGCCCGGCCGUUCCCCGUAGCCCCAGCAUCUUGCCUGCACAGCCUCCCAGCAGACACUUCCGUGUUCUCAGGUAUGGAGGGGCAUUUGGAACGGAAAGGGGCGAUUGCUCACGUUAUGCGGCUCCCAGCCAGAGCAGUGGUUGACUGUGCUUCUUCCUCCCAACAGGUGAGAGGGGCCAGGGUCAGCGGCUGUACCCGGAGCUGUUUUAUGGGAACCAGGUACCUACCUUGGCAGAUAGGGCAGAGGGGGGCGCCUCGUGUGUUGCUGUGGGGCCUCUGGCACAGCUCAGGGGGAAUGGUUUUAGCUCUCCCACCUCCUCUGAAAGGUUCCUUGCAUCCUCUUUCUUCAGGUACAAACUGCCCAGCUGGAGUCCCAGCUUCACGGCGCGAGUGGGGGCAGCAACUACCGACCGAGCACCCCUUCUCUGCACACCUACAGGUAAGGGGGCAUAUGGGGCUCUGAGCUCCCCUUGUGGCAGGGAUGAUAGAUAGAAGAUAAAUAGAUUAUCUUAUCUUAUCUUAUUUUCUCGUCCAUCUGGCUGCGUUUCCCCAGCCACUCUGGGUGGCUCCCAUUCGAGUGUUAAAAACAAUACAGCAUUAAAUAUUAAAAACUUCCCUAAACACGGCUGCCUUUUAAAGAUAAGAUAGCUGCUUAUUUCCUUCACAUCUGAAGGGAGGACGUUCCACAGGGCGGGCGCCACUACCGAGAAGGCCAUCUGUCUGGUUCCCUGUAACCUCACUUCUCGCAAUGAGGGAACCGCCAGAAGGCCCUCGGAGCUGGACCUCAGUGUCCAGGCUGAACGAUGGGGGUGGAGACGCUUCUUCAGGUAUACUGGACCGAGGCCGUUUAGGGCUUUAAAGGUCAGCACCAACACUUUGAAUUGUGCUUGGAAACAUACUGGGAGCCAAUGUGGGUCUUUCAGGACCGGUGUUAUGUGGUCUUGGUGGCCGCUCCCAGUCACCAGUCUAACUGCCGCAUUCUGGAUUAAUUGCAGUUUCCAGGUCACCUUCAAAGGUAGCCCCACAUAGAGCACGUUGCAGUAGUCCAAGCAGGAGAUAACUAGAGCAUGCACCACUCUGGCGAGACAGUCCGCGGGCAGGGAGACACCUCAGAGCCUCUGCAGCAGGGCAUGCAUUCCCACCCUGUCUUUUGUGAGAAGCACUUUGGGUCUGGUCCACAAAGGUGAGACUAUACCUAGCUUCAUGCAGGCCACCGCGUCAUGGAGCAAGCUUGUUGUCUGCUGCUCCAGGGGGUGGGACCCAAACCAGUGGAUUCAGGUUACAGGAAAGGGAGAUUCUGACUAAACAUCAGGAAGAACUUUUUGGCAGUAGGAGCUGUUUAACAGUGGAACAGACUGCCACAAGAGGUGGACCCUCCUUCCUUGGAGGUUUUUAAGCAGAGGUUGGAUGGCCGUCUGCAGGGAUUCUUUAGUCAUGUAUAAACUAGUUUAGAUUCCUACAUUGCAGCUGGAGUCUCUUCCAACUCUACAAUUCUGACUGAAGGCAGCUCAGGUAGGAGGCCGGAAAGGUCGUUGCAGGUCACAGUAUGUGCACUAGGUCAGCUAGGUGACACCAAAUCGGCCGGGUUCAGAGGUUCAUCAGCCCAACUUCUUCCUCCUUGGGAAGGUGGUGGACUUAGGAGCUAGUGUGGUGUAGUGGUUAAGAGUUGUAAUCUGGUGAACCGGGUUCGCUUCCCCGCUCCUCCACAUGCAGCUGCUGGGUGACCUUGGGCUAGUCACACUUCCCUGAAGUCUCUCAGCCUCACCUCACAGAGUGUUUGUUGGGGAGGAAGGGAAAGGAGAAUGUGAGCCACUUUGAGACUCCUUCAGGUAGUGAUAAAGCGGGAUAUCAAAUCCAAACUCCUCCUCCUCCUCUUCUUCCUUCGUUGGAGGUUUUUAAGCAGAGAUUGGGCAGCCACCUGUCAAGGAUUCUUCAGCAGCGAAUCCCUGCAUUGCAGGGGCUGGACUUCCAUCUCUGAUUCUGACCUGUGGCUUUCUUCCUUCACUAGGUCCCAGCACCUGUACCUCCAGCCCAGCCCAGCCCCCACUUCUCCUGCUCAGACGGCCGGGGGCGCUGUCUUGCCCAGCUCCGCCUUGCUUUCGGGGGUGGCCCUCAAGGGGCAGUACGUGGAGAUAUCGGCCCUGCAGGCGGCGGAGCUUCCCAAGCUGCCAGCCACAGGCCUGCUGUACCAGGCUCCCCCUCCUUCCUUCAUCUACAGCUCAGCCUUCUGCAGCAGCCAGCUGGCUCCAGAGCAAGCCCUGCUUCAGGUACUAGGCGUUGUGGUGGGCGAAUUAACUGAAGGGCAGGCCUUCUGGGAAUUGGGGGUGCAGAGGAAACCCGGAUUUCUGGAGGCAGGUUGGAGAGGAAGAGUUUAUGAUGUGGCACAAAUGGGUGGGAGCUGGGAGAGAGAGCAGGGCAAUGGGGAAUUCAGGGAGGGGCGGUCACAUUUUAGGAAGCCAGGAGCUCUCCCCUCAUGCUGUGUCUAUAAUAGUGGGCAGCUUGGGACGCGGGUGGUGCUGUGGGUUAAACCACAGAGCCUAGGGCUUGCCGAUCGGAAGGUCGGCGGUUCGAAUCCCCGCGUCGGGGUGACCUCCCGUUGCUUGGUCCCUGCUCCUGCCAACCUAGCAGUUUGAAAACACGUCAAAGUGCAAGUAGAUAAAUAGGUACCGCUCCGGCGGGAAUGUAAAUGGCGCUUCCGUGCACCGCUCUGGUUCGCCAGAAGCGGCUUAGUCAUGCUGGCCACAUGACUCGGAAUCUGUACGCCGGCUCCCUCGGCCAAUAAAGCGAGAUGAGCGCCGCAACCCCAGAGUCGUCUGCGACUGGACCUAAUGGUCAGGGGUCCCUUUACCUUACUCUUCAUAGGCAAGUAGCUUUGUGCCUAGGAGCCAAGCUUUCUUUUCAGUUGGCUCGCUCUGCAGCUCCAGAGCCACAGAUGUGAGGAGUGUUGCCAGUUACUGAGGAUCGUGGACCGCACGCUUCUGAAUACCGGUGGCUGCGGAUCACGAACAGGAGAACGUUCCUGCCCUUAGGUCCUGUGUCACGGAUUGGUUGGACGCAGAGGAUUGGUGGGAGGCACCAGCUGGGGGGCCCCCAAAGGAAGAAGGCUCAGAGCUCGGGGAGUAGUGGUGGGACAACAAUGAGUGGUCGGAGGGAGAAGACUGGGAAGAGGAGGUAUUGAAGAGGUAACAGGGAGCAGAGAGAAUUGUUGGCGCAGAGAGGUCCAGAACCCAAAGCAGGAGAGGCAGAGAGGUGUCAGAUUGGUGAAGCCAGGGGGAUCUUCCCCUCCUGCUACAACAGACCUGUUGGUCUCCCAGAAUAAGAAGGGGUAUGAAGAGAGAGGAGCAGAGGCAGAUGUGUCGACGUAGUCUCAGAUUGCUUGGGAAGGACCCAGGGAAAGGGGACACUUAGGGAGCUGUGGGAAGGCAAGGACCUGUAGUCUCCAUAACUGCCUCCUAGGAGCAAGACUUAUUGAAGAGAGUUGCUGUGCUCGCGGGCCUGGCACUCCUCAGCAGAUCCUGUUCUUCUGAUAAAAAUCACUCUUGUGUGAUUUGCUGCCAGCUAGCCUCUGACACCCUGCUUGUCGGUUUUCUAGAGCCAUUGGCUUUAUGGUGGACCUUGGAACUGAUCCAGGAAGGCUCCGAUGUCGAGCUUGCAUUCAGAAACCUUUGAUGCAAUCAAAGUGGGCCUCCUCCUCUGGUCCUGUGUUGGGAGUUGCCAUCAUCGUGUCCCUUCUCCCUUGCAGGUGCGCCAAGAACUUGCAUCCCCCUCCGAGUUCUACCCAGCCGCCCUGGGGCAAGGCAGCCAGAGCAACUUCCUGACUGCCCCAGGCCCUGGCCAGCAGGUGAGCGAAGCGCCAUCUCUUUCAGCCCAGCUCCUGGACCAAAACUGUCCAGGAUUGUAAUGCAGCCCCUGUCUUUCUCUCUCUCUCUUCCCCCUCUCCUCUGUCCUGCCCCAGGUCCUGUUGCCCGUGGUGGAGCCGCCCCAGCUGCCCCCCGUGGUGAACUUUGGCUCCUUGCAGCAAGCGCCACCUUCUGCCCCUGCCCCUCCGCAGCCGCCGCCUCCCCCCAUGCCCCUAGUGUCCGUGGCCACACAGGCUCUGCGGGCGCCCGGGCAGCUAGCCGGGCGCCUCGUCUCUCCAGCCGUGCGAGCCUUUCCUCACGGCGGAGUGGGCCGUAGCGAGGUAAGGAAAAGGGCUGGUGGGUUGGACUCUGCUCCAUGGGAAAGGCCUCCCCACCCGCUGGUUCUGAUGUAGGGUUUUUUUCCCCCCCGCCAGCUCCACGCUCUGGAAAUGAAGCCGCUACAAGAUUACAGGAAACUCAAUGGCCUGGGGUCUCCAGGGGCCCGGCCCCCCUCUGGGGGCAGGUGAGUGUUCUGUGUGGGGCAGAGCUUUGGAGACAGAGGAAAUGUCCUGGAAACAGACUAAGGCAGGGUUCAGCAAACUUUUUCAGCAGGGGGCCGGUCCACUGUCCCUCAGACCUUGUGGGGGGCCGGACUAUAUUUUGAAGAAAAAAUGAACAAAUUCCUAUGCCCCACAAAUAAACCAGAGAUGCAUUUUAAAUAAAAGGACACAUCCUACUCAUGUAAAAACACGCUGAUUCUCGGACCGUCCACAGGCCAGAUUGAGAAGGCGAUUGGGCCGGAUCUGGCCCCCGGGCCUUUGUUGGCCUACCCAUGCUGUAAGGUCUCCAGUUAUCAAGACUGCCCCCCCCCCAAUGCUGCCUGGGGGUGCUGGCGCCCAGUUAAUAUGUAGCAGACUCAUAAAAGGACGAUGACUGGACCCAUCUCACAUUUUGUGGAGCAGACCCACAUUGCCUUGAGUCAGCCAGGAAGCAUAGAAAGGCCUUUCCCUAAAGCAUCUUCCUGUUGCUGGUGCCUUCUCUUUGCAAGUUCUCAGAAGUAUCAUUCCCGUUAAAAGUAGCAAGUGUCGGAAGAUGGUUCCUGAGCAGCGAGAGAGAAGUGAAAUGGCCCUUUGGCUGCCUCGUCACGGAGACUUUUUCUCUCCCCUCAGGCCUUUCUCUGGAGGCUUUGGUGCCAGGCUGAAGUCCCCUGGUUCUGCCUACGGUGGUAUCUUCCGUGCCCAGCGCUUUGAGGUCUACCAGCAGGUGAGGCCGCCUUACAGGACUGGGUGGGAUCGGGAUUGAGAACCGGAGCCCGCUUUUUAAGGCAAUUAUUUGGGCGGGGGUUUCAGGAACGCAGCGACCUUCCUCCUCUCAUCGGCUGUGUGUGUUCUGCUCCCCAGUCGGACGUCCUGCGCUGGAAUCCCCGCUCUUGGGAGCGAGCCGCUCCACCGCGUGACGGCACGCCAGCACGCCGCCUUGAGCCAGACGUGCGCUCCCACACUGACAAGCAAGACCCCAGUCUCUCCGGCCACCACUAG